GUUUAUGUGUGCGUGUGUAUUCGUGCCCGCGCGCGCUCUUGCUGGUAUCGGCAGACUGAGGGAGCCAGUCGGGGAGAAACCCUCCUCCGUCUGAGGCGAGCGGCGUUCCUUGUGCGAGGGGAGCCGAAGAGGAGCUUCGCCGACGACGCUGCCCGCCCUGCCGGAGCCGGCGUGGGUGGGUGGGAAGGAUCCCCCACGCACGCCCACAUCCCGCCUCGCCAACCCCGGAGAAGCCGCGGCUCUCUCCCGGUCCCCCACCCCGCCCGGACUCAUCUGUUGCGCCGCGGCGAAGCGGCACCUCCGCCGGGGGGAAUCCUGAGGAGAUCCUGAGGGGAGCGCCGGGCGAAGGCGCCUCGGGGUGGCCGGCGAGAGGACUUGAGGGAGAGAAAAAAAGAGAGACCUUCGCUGGCUUCGGGAAAAUGCGGCUGCCUCGCCGAGCCUGCCUUUCCUUCUCACGCCCAGUAAGUUCUCCCCGGCUCGCACGAGUUGUUGUUUUAUUUUGUAUCUCUAGAACGGUUUUUAUUAUUCUUAGGGGGAAAAGAUUCCUGCAUUGCAGGGUGGGGGGUUGGACUAGAUGACCCUCGGGGGUCCCUUUCCAACUCUUCUGUGGUGAUUAUUCAUAAUCGUAGAUUAUUGGGGGGGGGCAGGCAACCAUCACCUCGAAGCGGUUUUAAAACAAUCCGGAAUGAAACAUUGCCAAAGGAAAGUCAAAUGGGAAGUACUGUAUAGGUUUUCCAUCACUUAGCACCCGGGGUAACUUUUUCGUGCCCUGGCGUGAGAGGCGCUUAUAAGCUUUAGAAAAGGGCUAUUUCUCCCCAAGAAGAGGGGGUGAAAAAGAUGGUGUUGGUUAGGGAGACCCAUAACUUGGAGGGGCAAACAUGACUUCUCUUUCUCUCUCUCCCCCACCCCAUCCACCCAAUGCUAAGGUCCAGAGGAACUUAAAAUCCUCACAAAAUAAGAAGGCGGGUUGUGGGGUAAAGAGGGAGGCAUUGUUAUUACUCUCUUUGAAGGCUUGCAGAAGGGUCACUUCACACGUUGCAGCAAAAAAGACCCAGGCCUGUGUCUCCCCUUUCCGGGCUGCCUCGUUUCUGUCAAAUUAUUUCUGCGUUUGUGAACGGGUCCAAGCAAACACCGGCCUCUGUGCCUCAGCCAAUUCUCUUGCGUUUCCCCCCCCAGACAUAGGAGCGCCCUUUAAACACUAUAGAAUGGAACAUAGGAGAGAGGGUCAUCGGUUUUGCUAGGUGGCAAAAGAAAAAAAUAAAUGACAGCACUUUUAAUCCUGUUUAUAUUGCUGCCAGUGAGAGAAGUUGUUCCCGUUUUUUCAGAUGUAGGACUGAGGUUGUAAGACAGUGAUGUGUACGGUCAAGAGCCGGUUCAUUCAUAUAUGUGUACAUCGCUUGAACAUGUGUGAACUGUACUCAAGGCUGUUUCUUUUAAAUCUCACGCAGAACCAAGAUGUGUCUUGGUAUUUCACUACUAACUUGUCAGUUGCUGGUUUUUUUUAAAAAACAACAACAACACAACAGCUAUCUAUAACUUUGCAGUUCUAUCCUGUCAAUAAAAAAAUUGAUUUGUUUCUCAAAUCUACUUGCUAGAUAUGAGCACGGCAGUAGCACUAAAGGGAGAACAUUACCCUAUUGUACAGAUGAGUAGCCUUGGUGACCAAUGCUGCUCCUUUUGAUUUUACCCACAUCAUCAUUGGAUGAAUUUGAAUAGAUUGGUUCGGUGUUAUUGAUUAUGCAGAAGAAAUACAGUCCUGUUCUGUAGAAUUUCAACUUUUGCUUGACAUUUUUUCUGUCUAGAAAUGGAUGAGAAAUGAGGGGGAAAUACUCAAAGUAUGGUACAAAAGCAUUAGUCUGAAUUGGUUUAUGAGGCAAUACGUUCAUCAGAGAAGGAGAGUGGAAACAUGCAGUGAUAUCUGGAAAGAAUUUUGGAGAAGUGAGGACCAACAGAAAAAUACUGUGCUGUAUUGAGUUAACAUGAAAUUUAAUCAUAAUUAUUGCAAUCAGAUGUUGAUUUUUAAAAAACUGAUCCGAUUGAAACCUUGUUUUGUAAAAUAAAUGAGAGAAUGAGGUUCAGAGCCCCGUGAAAUUCACCUUUCUUCCUUACCCCUUUCUACAUGAAUCUGGCGGUUCAUUUGUUUAAACCUGGGCCUGUUCUAAUCACAUAAUGCAAGACUUGGGAGGGGGAGGUACUUUUAAGUGCAGGUGGCCAUAUAGGUGAGGGGUUCUGAACUCCCCUUCCCUCCUGCAGCUUAUGUUCCUGCUCCCUUCCACAGUUGGUCUCUGAUACCAAAAAUGAUCCUGGCAGUGCCUAGAGGCAGGGGCGAACUUCAGUCUUUCAAAUUUCAGUGGCACGCCAAAAUUUGGCAUCCCUUUCCAUUCUACACAUGCACUACAUCGUAGUUGCUAAACCCUUUGGCAUCCCCUUUGGCUCAGUGCCCAAUGCGGCGGAACUACCCUAAAUCUGUCUCUGCUGGAAGAACUGCAGGGAGGUAAGCCAUGGGCAAAGGGGGCACUCAGCUGCCCCUUACAAUCUUAAAAUUGGGCCCUCACAUUUUUAUUUACCAUUGCUUUAAAAAUGGUUGUGCUACUAUCACCUGCAGUUUGAGACUGCUUUUCAAGGUUAAACAGAAAGACUUCAAAUUUUCAAAGGUUCCUCCAAAGAAUCUUGUUCUUCUUGUGAACUUUGAGAUUACAGUAAAAAAAAUCUUUUUCAGUUCUGAAAAAUCCAAGUUGAUAGGAGCCAGUUAAACAUGCAACAGAUCUUAAGUAGAAUAUUGCAUCAUUCAGCCCUUUAGGCUUGUUCUUUUUCAGUUUGCAUAUAAAGCCAAGUGCUACAGAAGUCUGCAAGCACAGAGAAGGAGUCAGGGAAGAGAAGAAAGUGAGAGGUUGGUUAUAUGGCAAAGAACUGUGGUGAGAGGAGCAACAGACAGACUUAUAUGGUAAACCUAGGGACUGAAGGAAUUCAUCUGUUCAUUGUGUUCACUUUUGUAAGCUCCUAGAUGGUCUGGCUAAAUUACAGGCACCAUGAAUUGAAAAAGAAGUAGCUGGCACGCCAUAAAAUAGGAUAAAUCUGGACAAGAUGAAUUUCAGAACUAUGGAAUACACUACUGGGCAAUUUUGAUUUUUACAAGCACUGCCUCCACUAGCAUCUCCUCGAUCGAUUCCCAGCACACCUGGCAACCAAAAUAUAUUUAAAAGAGACAGUGAAAAAAUGCUCAGUAUUUAAAAAUGGCCACUACAGAAUACGCCAGACAGGAAUAUUAAAGGAAGAGAAAGUAAGAAAGUACAGAGAGUGCUUAUCAUACACACCACAAAGUAAGAUGUGUGUGGCACCCCAGGAAGCCUCUUGGGCUCCCUAGGGUGUAGAUAAUCUCAGAAGCACUUUCCUCAUCCAAGAAUUCCUUCCCCAUGGAGGGAACAUGCCCAGCACAUCUGAAGGCUCAAAUGUAUACUAAAACUAAAUCAGAGACACAUUUACCCCAGGGAAGUUAGCAAACUGCAGAACAAAGAGAGACUAUGAGCCCAGUCCACAGAAGGAUAGGCAUACCAGAAAGCAGUGGGAUGUGGAGUGGGAUGACUCUGUGGUGGUGGAGCAAGGUUUUGGUUAGGGGUCCCUUUACCUUUUACUAUAAUCAUUAUUUAAUACUGAGGAUUCCAUUCUCAGGGGGUGAUCCUCGAUUGUGUCCACAUAUCAGAAAAUUGGACACUGUCCUGGAUCCCAUUUAGGAGGUGUACCAGAUAUAAGGCAACAUCACCAAAAUAUAUGUAAACUUCACUUGUAGUGAAGUGGGGCUUGGGGAUUUAUGCGAUUUAAGAACUUGUGGCUCAACUACUGGGCUGCACCAAAGUCCAUUUACCAGAAUUUUGAAGAAGGGAUUUAGGUCAGUUUAGGCCUCUAGGAAUGAGGAUUUUUGUCAGCAGAGUGGACAGUUGAUGAUGAUUGAAUGUGGGCAGUUGAAGCCCCUCCGGAAAUGCAAGGGUCUGCUUCUCUAGGUUCCGCCCACAAAAAAUGGACUAGACUUUAACUGAUCUUGAAACAGAACCUUACAUUUUGCAACUCUGUGGAAUUGCUGCGAAAUAGUGGUUGAGUAGUUGCAGAGUGAGCAAACUUCCCUUGCUGAUGACAACCACUUGCAGAAUGAAAGUAGAAGGUUGCAGAAGAGGCUGGGCAUUGUACUACUCAUCUGAUGAAUUCAGUAGAUCCUGGGUAAACUUCUUGUAUUUCAUCCUAUUCUGUUAGAAUCCCUGCUCUCCAAACAAAAAACUUGUAUUGCUUGUGAAGUCAGGCCAGCCCUGACAGAGAGUUAAGACAGGCUUCUUUGGAAGAAGGCAUCACCUGCAAUGACUUGCGGGAAGCUCUUGGUACGUCUGAGUUAUUCCCCAGAAUUAGAAUAGGGCUUCAGGCCCAGAGAAUAUUUUUCUGACUGUAAGAAAAUAGGUUCAGGGUGCAUUCAUUAACAGUGGUGGGGAUAAAGCUUGUUUAGAUGUAAAGUAUUAUUUUCAUUGCAGGAGUUCUUUUUCUGUGCUUCUUAUUUAUUCAAAGCAAAUAUAAUCUUGACACCAGCCCAAAUUUGCUUAUAAGAAAAAGUUGUGAUUCAUUAUAGCUUGCCAUUUGUCAAAGAACACAGUCUAACUGGAAAUACUUCUGCACCAACUCUACUUAAAACUAUUUAGAACUAUGCUGUGCUCAUGUGUAGCUCCUGUUCAUUUUAAAGUGGCUUGCAUUGGAAAGCUUCAUGCUGAAUUGGGACAAUAAUUCUUAGGAAAGCAUUUGCUCAGUAUUGGCUCUACUGUGUGCCACCACUCUGAAAUCCUGCUUAUUUCCCAUGACCCAGUCACUAAAGGACCAAACUUGUGCUGAGAAUGCUGUUUGAGGAUGGGAGCUUGAUUUCAAUUCCAAAAUCCACUUAUACCACGACACGUGCAAAAGAAGAUUAAGUGGUGCCACACAAAAACAAUUAUCUUAUACUAUAAAGACAACAACAGAAAAGAACCACAUGUGACAAAACUAGCACAUAGACAUAAAAACAUAUUCAUCUCUCUUCUUCCCACCCACCAGCAACAGCACUCUUGUGAAAUCAACACUAAUAUUUUAUUUCAUGGAGGUUUUCUGUGGGUGGGUGGAGGAUGACUCUAGUUAGAUAAAACAUAUCCUGGCCUGCUUUUUAUUUGCUACUUCAGAUUUUCAUUUGUUUUUAAAAUAUGGUUAUAUUCUUUGUUCUGCUGAGUUUAGGGAGGUAUGGACAAGCCUCAAUCCAUUAUGAUAUUCAUUUGCACUUUCGUCUGGUAUUUUCCACUCCGCUGCAGUUGGCUUAAUUUGCACAAGUCCAUGUUUUGUUUCAUCAUUUGCUGAUGCAGAAAUAUAUGUCUACUUAAUGAAUAGUUAUAACAGACAGCUUGUCUCAGCCAUUAACAGAUAUUUGGAUUAACUUCCUGGCAUGUUCCCUUUCAGAGUUCAUAAAGUGGCUAAUAGCCCAUCAUAAAUCUAACUAUGGCUGCAACCUAACUAUGUCUACUCAGAAUUAAGUCCUAUUGCAUUUAGUGGGGUUUACUCCUAGAUAAGUGAGGUUGGGAUUGCAGCUACUCUUGCUACUUUGGUUUCACAGUUCAGUAUAUACUUGUCAUCCUAUCUCAUUUUCCUCACUCAGAUAUCAGAGAGGGACAGUUUAAUUAUAGGUCAAGAAAGCUUUGGAGUGGGGAGGAAAGGAACUGCAAAUUCAAUAUUUUUGUAAGCCACUUCUUGGUUGGGGUUUUUAAAAAUUAAACAAGGUGUAAAUUUUAUGAAAGGCAUAAAUAAAUAAAUAAAUAAAUAAAUUUUGCUUUUGAAACCAGGUUUUAGGGUAGUAAAAAUGGGUGGUCAAAGCCAGAUGUUUCUUCCCACUUUGAUAAAAAGCUAGAAAUUUAAGAUAAAGCAGAAAUAAAAUCCACAGGUAACGGAAGGAUUCAUUAUUGACUCUCUGCAGCAGCAAAAAGAACGAAACCUCAACAGCAGGGUAGAAGAUCAAUCUAUCCCAGUCCUGGAUGAGCUGGCUAAAAUCUAAUCAUUAAGAGGUACUAACUUUUGCCCUGUGAAAAAAAUGGAGCAGUUGAACACAAAUUUCAGUUAAAAUAUUCCAGUGAAUCAAGGCAGAUGCCUGGAGUAUAUAAGACCCCCUUGAAUAAGCAAAGCAUGCAAUUCCCACAUAGCUUCAGAGGGGCAAAACCCGAACAGCCUGUAAGAUAACACAAGUUUCAAAGCAGUAUUCAUAAAUUAAAGAGUGAAGUGGCUAGCUGAGCAGAAGUCGUGAUACAGCCCAUUUUACACAACUGUUGUUGGUUACCCCACUAUCUCACAGCUCCUAAGUGGCAAGUGGUUCCUUGGUCCAAAAAAAGGCCCCGAUGCCUGAGAAAAGGCCUAAACCUUUGAAAAUGCAAAGUCAGGUUCCUUAUACAUAGGAGCACUGUAGGGAUCCCAGGUACACAACUUUUUUGAAGGCAACUGUGCUAGCCUCUGCCAACUGAGCCUUUGUGGAGAAUAGGUAAUUACAUCCAGAACAAAAAAGCAAGGGGGAACAAACAAAAAGGAAAUCUCAUUGCAGGGAAAAAGAAAGCUGUUUCAAAAUGGGAGCCUUUUUAUCAGCUCCUAAUACUCUUUAUAAGGGUCACCAGUGUAUGAACCACUGUGGCUGAGUGAGCCCUAUUCAUACAUGGUAAUUGCUGGCAUACCAAACAAAGCUGGUAAAAGGCACUCUAAGCUGUUGAAGCCACCUGGACCUCAGGCAACAAAGAUUAAUCCAGGAGCACACUCAAGCGACAUACCGUAUUUUUCGCUCUAUAACACGCACCAGACCAUAACACGCACGUAGUUUUUAGAGGAGGAAAACAAGAAAAAAAUAUUUUAAACAAAAUAGUGGAUAUAUGAUUUUCGUGGUUCAUGCUGUGGCCACAGACAUGUGAUCUGACAGUGAGUUUGGAGUAGCCCAAUGCAAAAAUCCUGAGGAUCCAUGUGGAUCCAUGCUUUGUAACCAUGGAGGAGGGAAGGAAGGGGAACCAUGGAUCCUCUGCUCACGACUGUAGCAGAUCGCCCGCCACCCGCAGGCAUUCGCUCCAUAACACGCACAGACAUUUCCCCUUACUUUCUAGGAGGAAAAAAGUGAGUGUUAUGGUGCAAAAAAUACGGUAUCUGGUCCUUCAGGGAGAGUGCAAGCCUGUCCAUAACAGGUAGCUGACCUGUCUCAGACCUGGAAACCAUCUACCCACAAGGCUGGUUUUGCUUCAGUUUGUUGUUGUUGUUUAGUCAUUUAGUCAUGUCCGACUCUUCGUGACCCCAUGGACAAGAGCACUGUCUUGCACUGCCUCCUGCAGCUUGUUCAAACUCAAGUUCAUAGCUUUGAGAACACUGUCCAACCAUCUCGUCCUCUGUCGUCCCCUUCUGCUUGUGCCAUCAAUCUUUCCUAACAUCAGGGUCUUUUCCAGGGAGUCUUCUCUUCUCAUGAAGUGGCAGAAGUAUUAGAGCCUCGGCUUCAGGAUCUGUCCUUCCAGUGAGCACUGCUUCAGUUUAUUUGUCCUCAAUAGCAAGUCUUGGCCAUGUAGGUAGUAGAACUGAGCUGAAAGAAUUAAGAACUGCAUGUGGAAAAGAGACUUAAGCACAUAGCAGGGGGAAAUUACUAGUACAUGUUAUCAUGUGAAGUUCAGUGGCAUUGGGUUACUUUCCAACAAAUUAGUUGGUUUAGAAUAAUAGUGAUAAAUCUCUUUGGACCUGAGAGUGUAUAUUUAAUAAGAGAUGAGUAUCUUUUGAAAGUUUGCCAUUUUAGCAUAUUUUAACAGGUUUCAAAUGCUGGUUAGAAUGAUUUAAUGAUUUGUGUAUUAUGCAGUUACUAACCAUCUGCAAAGCUGAAAAAAUGCAUAUAAUAUUUGAAAGAAAAUGUCACAAUUUGUCAUUAAAAUUUUGGCACCGAAAAGUUUGACCAACUGUUAAAAUAGAUCAUUUUCACUAAUGAUAAAAUCAAAUACACUAAAUUCCUUUUGCAUGUGUGCGUGCGCACACACACACACACACAUACACAAACACUUUUAGACAAAAAAUACUUUUUUCCAGACUGAUUCUUUCACAGAGUUAAAAUGUAACCACUUCUGAAAACUUCCAAAUUAUUAUUAAUAAUAAGCCCCACUUGUUUAUUUACUCAAUAAGAACUCCCCACUCCACCCUGUUGUAUGAAUUCUGUUUACUGCAGCUGAGGGACUUGCUUGCAAUUUAGUGCUUGAUUUAAUGAGGUCUGCCAGGAUUUACAAAGCCAUUGUAUUUUGCAAUACGGUAUGUGCAAACUAUCAUUUUGUACAAUGCAAUCACUGUCUUUUAGAUUUUGUUACUUUAUAAGUGCUUCUAUAAUAAAGCCCUUUAGUGAAGCUGAGGCCUUGCUUUUCUGCCAUUACCUAAAGCACAAUUAAAAUGGAGAUGUCAUAUAACUAGUGACAGGUAGUGGGGCUGCUAGGAGGUCACAGGGGUGUGACCAAGUUGUUCUGUUUUUCUCCCUAUCCUUUUCACUUGCAAAGAUACUGUAGACACUUAAACAUUGCUGUUUUACAAACUGUUACGUUGUUGGCAUCUGUCUGUCUUGGGACACAGUGAAGGGUGCACCUUUGUGGGUGAGGUCAAGCUGUUGGAAGGUCGCAGCACCUACUGUGGCUGUAGAGACCACUAUGGGAGAGACAAGUUUUGUUAUGGCUGGGGCACAUGAAGGCAUCCGUUUGUGCUGCUGUAGAUGCACUCUGGUGUUUCUUCUGUCUGAGCUCCUCCCAGCGGUCAUUCCUCCUCUGGUUACUGCUAUUAAUUCAUGACUUGACUGCCUGUUUCCAGGCACUGUGGUCUUCUGCAAGGGAUUCCCACAUGGCAGGGUUGAUGAAGGUUGCCCACCUUCAUGUCACAUUUGCAGACAUCUUUGUGGCACAGAGUUGGUCUGCCAAUUGGCCUGGUGCCAGAAGCCAGCUCCCUGUAAAGCAUGUUAACACCUUACUAAACUGAAAGGUAACACAUGGUCCCAUUGGGUUGCCCUACUUACCCACCUAGCAGCCACAUUCUGCACAAGAGGCAGCCUCCAGACUGUCUAAGAGGGUGGCUUCACAUAGAGCACAUUGAAGUAGCCUAAUCGAGAAGUCACUAGAGUGUGGACAGCUGAGGCCAGCCUAUACUGGUUCAGGAACAACCAAAACUGGGGAAACAGCCUAAGCUGGCAUAAGCACUCCUGACCACAGAAGCCACUUGAGACUCCAGUGACUAACUGGAAUCCAGGAGUACUAUGAUCCUGUUCCUUCAGGGGAAGUGCAGCUUCUCCCAAUGUAGGUUGUACAUCUAAUUCUCAGACAUGGGAACCACCCACAGGACCAGGAUUCAGCCUCAUUUUAUGGUCCCCUUCCAGCGCUUCACUGUUUCCAGGCACUGGUCCAACAUCUUCCAAGCCUCUCCUGAUUCAGAUUGAAUGGAGAGAGAAAGAGCUCCAUGUCAUCAGCAUGUUGAUGGCGCCAUGUUCCAACUCCACAGAUGACAGAUAACAGUUUCAUAUAGCUGUUGAAUAGCAUAGGAGAGAAAAUGGACCCUUGUGGGAGCCCAUAGCUCAAAAGGCACAGAACCAAGCAACAGUCUCCUAGUACUAUUUUCUGGUGAUGACCCUGCAGGUAGGAGUGGAACCAAUGUGAUACAGUGCCUCCAAUUCCCACCCCUCUGAGUCAUUCCUGAGUCAAGACUCAAAGGGAAUUUUGCUCUCGUGCCUAGAACAUUUUGGUGUCAUGCUACAUGUGUGUAUAAGUUAGGGUCUAAUAAAGAAAUGCAAGCUACAUUGGGCUCAGAUCAUGUUUCCAGGGUUCUGUUAGCAAGAAGGGAUAUUUAUCCCAGUCAUUGACGGGAAGCCACAAAAUGCAGAUGUUUCCCUCAGAUUUGUGAGUUAACAACACCUGCCCACACUUACUUAAUUGGCUUGUUACUUUGCAGAUAUUCUGAUUGUCAUACAACAUUAAAUACUGUAUAACAUUUUCACCAAUAUGGUGUCUUUUGAGUCUUCUUACAUGGUGUAGGGGGGAAGAAUAAAUCCCUUUACAUGGCUGCAUGACAGAAAUGCAUUCAGGUUGUAGCUCCAGUGCAGGGGGAUGAAUGAUCUAGGCAGCUUGCCUUUAAGGACCCUUACAACAAACUCAGACUGCUUCCUUGGUAAUGAACAUGGUGUAUUCAGUUGUGUUCUAUAAAGGUCAUUGCAGGCCCAUGCCUCUCUCUACUGAUAUGAACUUGCCACCCUUUUAGCAUUAAAAUCAAUAUGGAAUAAUUAUGGGGGCAUGUCAUUCACAGGGUCUUCCUCAUAGACUUAUUUCCUUAUCUGAAAUGGUCUGCAUUAGUCCCAAACUACAGUCCUUCCUAAGGCAAUGCAAGUGUUUGUUCUUAUACAGUAUCAUCAGUGUGUGUGGUGUUUUGUUUUUUUUAAAAAAGAUAUUUAUUAAGGUUUUCACAGUAUUACAAAAUGAAAAAAGAAAAAAAGAAAAAAUACAAAAUAAAAAUAGUUAAAAACAAUUCAAUCUUUCCAUUACUUAUCUUUCAUUUGCUUGUUUCCCCGGACCUCCUCCUAAAUGCUCCCUUUUUUGUAUUCCAGUUCAAUUUAUUAGUUCAGCAAAUCCUUUCCCUCUUUGUUUUAUCCUGAUCUUUAAUCUUAAUAUAUUAUAGCAUUAAAUUUUUACCUGUUAAAAAUCCAUUUUUUCAUAUUCCUUUAUACCAUUACAGCUAAAAACCACUUAACUUCAAUCCAACAUCAUUCUAACAUUCAUUAAUUUUGCAGUAUUUCUGUAAAUAGUCUUUAAAUUUCUUCCAAUCUUCUUCCACCGACUCUUCUCCCUGGUCACGGAUUCUGCCAGUCAUUUCCGCCAGUUCCAUAUAGUCCAUCACCUUCACCUGCCAUUCUUCCAGAGUGGGUAGGUCUUGUGUCUUCCAGUACUUUGCAAUAAGUAUUCUUGCUGCAGUUGUGGCAUACAUAAAGAAAGUUCUAUCCUUCUUUAACACCGAUUGGCCGACUAUGCCCAGGAGAAAGGCCUCUGGUUUCUUCAAGAAGGUAUAUUUAAAUACCUUUUUCAAUUCAUUAUAAAUCAUCUCCCAGAAAGCCUUAAUCCUUGGGCACGUCCACCAAAGGUGAAAGAAUGUACCUUCAGUUUCUUUACAUUUCCAACAUUUAUUAUCGGGCAAAUGAUAGAUUUUUGCAAGCUUGACUGGUGUCAUGUACCAUCUGUAUAUCAUUUUCAUAAUAUUCUCUCUUAAGGCAUUGCAUGCCGUAAACUUCAUACCUGUGGUCCAUAACUGUUCCCAGUCAGCCAUCAUUAUGUUAUGUCCAACAUCUUGUGCCCAUUUAAUCAUAGCUGAUUUCACCGUUUCAUCCUGAGUAUUCCAUUUCAACAGCAAGUUAUACAUCUUUGACAAAUUCUUAGUUUUGGGUUCUAGUAGUUCUGUUUCUAAUUUUGAUUUCUCCACCUGGAAGCCAAUUUUCUUGUCCAAAUUAUAUGCCUCCAUUAUCUGAUAAUAAUGAAGCCAAUCUCGCACUUUGUUUUUUAAUUUCUCAAAACUCUGCAAUUUCAGUCUAUCUCCAUCUUGAGUGUGUGUGGUGUUUUGAAUAUUGAAAGAAGGGAGAUAACAAAGGGAAUCGAUGGAAGAGAUCAGUAUAAUGAGGAUGUGCAAUGUAGUCUAAAGGGUUCAACAAAAAAAGUUGGGGUAUCAUGGAAAACUAUGCUGUAAUUGUGAUUAGUACUGGGUAUUCUGAAAGCUGUAAGAGAAUGCAUAGUGGUAAGCAAGAAAUGUGAUGGAAGAGGCUGCAGAAGGAACUCACAGUAAAGAGGACAUAUUCUAAGCUAUAGUAUUUCCUUGCAUUAACAUUACCACGGAUUCACCUUAUUGCACAGUCUCUCUCACCUUUUCAACAGAUGUUCUGCAAGAUAUCAUGGCCACUUAAGAGUCCCAAAUUGUUUUGUUUUAAAUGACCAAUAAUGUUUUUGAAAAUGUAUAAAAUUGAUCAUUCAAAAAUAACAGCAAUAGUAACCUUUUCAUUUAAAACGUUGCACAGUUCAGAUAUCCCUGCUGCACACACACCUGUUUUUCAUUCUAAACAAGAAAAAUUAUUAUUGUGGAGUUUGGUUUGAGUUUAGGCCCAUUUUUCUAUUAUAUUAGUCUUUCAACUUCAUUCUGUGGUUUCUGGCCUCAUUUAAAAAAUGACACUUGAGGGAACAAAGGAGAGCAAAAUCAUAACAAGCUUCCUUUGCUUUUGAGAUGCAAGCGAAAUGUUUCAGAAUUAUUUUAUUUUCAGUCUUUAUUUUUAGGAGGUAAAAAUAUUGCCCCGAGACUACACAGAAUUUGAGGAAAGAAAGGUUACUGUGGUAAUGGCCAGGUGCUUUCCUUUUAACAAGGCCAACUUUAAAGGAUAUAAAUUUAGAGCAACAGCAUCAGUACCAGUCAGUAGAUAUUUCAGUACAUUAAUGAAAUGAUUUCAAGUGCCUCCCAAUAGAAUCCUAAACUACAAUAUGGAGCAACCUUGCAAUGCUUGAGGGCCUAAACACAAACCUUAUGUUGCAGUCCCAACAAAUAUUGACUACACGGUGUAAGACUUGGGCUUUUGUUUGGUUCUGAAUUUUUCUUUGCAAGAAAAAUGUUUGUAUUUUCAGGCAAAGGCCACCUGAGUUAACUCUGCAUAAUACUUAUCAAAUACUGUUCUUGGUUAAGCUCUCUGGCUAUCUUAGGUCUAUUAUGUAAUUCAAUUAAAUCAUAUUAAUUCAUCUAUUGUUUUUCAAUAAUAUUAAGAUAAUACAUAAUGCUAUGUACAUAAAUUCAUAAAACCAGUUAAGCUUCUGUGAUCUAAGUAUUUAUGCAGUUUUUCGUCUUCCUGUUGCUAAACAUGAACACAGCCAUUUCUGUGAAAUUCCAUUGCUAUAAUAAUAGUGUACUCGCUAUAUUGUGCUCCAGGAAUGUUCAACUGAUGUGCGUUCUCUUUUCUAUUGCAGAAAGACAUUGUUAGGCUGGUGUGAACUAUGGCCCAGUUCUAUUAUAGAAGAAGCGUCAGUGCCCCUUACCGAGAUCGAAUCCCGCUACGCAUUGUACGAGCUGAGUCUGAACUCUCACCUCCUGAGAAAGCCUAUUUGAAUGCUGUGGAAAAAGGAGAUUAUGCCAGUGUGAAGCAAGCCCUAGAAGAAGCAGAAAUAUAUUUCAAGAUCAAUAUUAAUUGCAUUGACCCCCUUGGAAGAACGGCUCUUCUUAUUGCAAUAGAAAAUGAGAACCUGGAGCUCAUAGAGCUACUUUUGAACUUUAACGUCUAUGUUGGGGAUGCUUUGCUACAUGCCAUCAGGAAAGAGGUAGUUGGAGCUGUUGAGCUGCUGCUAAACCACAAGAGGCCCAGUGGGGAGAAACAGGUAUUUUCCAAUGGAAGCUUUUUGUCUGUUGAUAAUUGCUGCUCUAAGUCUCUGUAUGUGUGGAGAGGGGGCGAUCCUUUUCAGGAUCAUGGUUGAUGUAGAAAGGCUUAAACCUCCUCCCAUCCUGCAGGAAAUUAAGGGAGACUGUGCCUCGAAUGUAUUUUUUUUUAUAAAAAACAACAACCCAAUUGCCUCAUGUGGAUGCAUCAAAUGGUUAGGCCUUUGAAAGGUUUGUAUUCCUAAACUGUUCCGAAAAGGCCAGUUGUAAAGAUCCUAACCCUUAGUGGGAGACAGCUGUGCAGUAACUGAAAAGCACCUGGAGGGAUGCAUCUGAUCCCUGACGUAAGGUUCCUGUGUGAUAACCAGACACACAUAACUGACAUACUUGUCUAAUUAAUGCAUGAAAGGUUUUAGACCAAAGACUAAGCUGUCCUGCCAGGCUCAGCUCACCUUUGGAGGAACUAGGUUAUCAAGCCUACUGUUCUCUCCCAGCCUACCUAAGAAGAAGAGGUUUUGAGCGGGUUGCUACAGCUGUGACCACAUGGCUCUUACAAGCCAUUACUGUGUUCCAAUACCAACAAUUAGGAACCUACACCACUGUAGCUAAGCCAAAUUUUACUGCCUGUGCAACUCUUUCUGAAUGCUGUAUGGAAAAACACAUGAAUCUGACCUUUGGAGAGUUUGUAAGUAAAUCAUUUUUAACUUACCAAUCGUGUGGCCUUUUUCUAUGUUAAGGCAAGAAUUUUGGAACUCACAAGGACAAAUUUUAAAGGUCUAUUUCCAUGAUUUGCUUUGCUGCAUAUUUUGUGUUUUUAAAUCUCUUUUUGGGUUCUCUCACCAAAGUGUACUUGCCCCAGACUUGGAUCUUGGCAACCAGAAAGUCUCCUUUCUAUAUACAGUGGUACCUCAGUUUACGAACUUAAUCCGUUCCAGAAGUCCAUUCUUAAACCGAAACCGUUCUUAAACUGAGGCACACUUUCCCUAAUCAGGCCUCCCGCCGCUGGUGCCCUUUUACCAUUCGGCUUCCAUUCUUAGACCAAGGUAAAGUUCCCAAACUGGGACACUACUUCUGGUUUUGUGGAGUUCGUAAACCAAAUAGUUCGUAAACAGGGCUGUUCUUAAACCGAGGUACCACUGUACCUAUAUUUUCCCUUGCCACCAGCAGUUCCCAAGCCCUGCUUUAGAGUAUCCAGUAUCUAACAUUUGUCCAGGUCCCCUUGUGCCUCUCUGUUCCUGCUUCUGAUGAGAAUAGUUUGGAUGUCAGAGCCCUUGGGUAAGAGUCAGCCAAUGAGGCAGGAGGAGAGAAGAGGCUUAAUAUGCAGAAGUGGACAGCCUGCUGUGCCAUAAUGUGUGUAUCCAGAAUGGCAGUAAUAUCAUAGGAGAAGAGUGGAGGAUUAUAGUAAAGUGCUAUGCAAAGCUGAUAGGUGCUCUACUCCCUGAAAUGUUGAGAAAGGUGUGGUGAAGGCAGAUUGGUAAGUGAGAUUACUGCAAAAAGUAGCUCUGAGGUUGCAGCAAAUGCUGCUCUGUGUCAGUCAGAAACACUGGGAAGAGUCCUAGCAAAUAGAAAAUCCGAGCAUGUAUAGAAGGCAAGAGAGAUAAUAUAAGACCUGCACCCCUGAAUGAUGUGCUAGAACAUUUUUGUGUAGAGAUUAGAAAUAGAUGUAAGUUUCUGGUCUUUUCUUGUCUGCUUUAAUUUUCAUACAUUAUCAGGGCACUGUUAAAAUAUUGAAAUGAACAGCAUAUUGAAAUGUCUGGGGGCAUUUCACAAUGCAUAAGGUAUCAUUUAAUUACACUAUCUUGUUCUCAUUGUGGAUUCAGUAGUGAAAGAGAAGUAAAACGUAUAAUUCAUUUCUUCAAUAGCAUAAUGAGAGCUCAUUGUUGUAUUGUGAAAGCAUUCAAUGUAUCAUCCCUGUUUUUGCACUGCUGCAAUGCUAUGCAGUCUGAAUGAAAGGGAAUAAUCAAUUCCCCUUUGGAAUUCCCCCCCCCCCCCCCCUUAUUAUCUUUCCAUUUUUGGAAGAGAGAACAGGAGAAAUCUCUGUAUCCUCUUCUAAAUAUUAUUCAUACAGAAUACUACAUUGCUUGUUUUGUAUCCUGUAAUUUCAGACCUCAUAUAUUCUUCUGUGACUCAAAAUUCCAGUAAUAAUUCUAUAUAAGUAAAACCUCUCCCUAAGAAAGAACCCAGAAUGAACCUUACCAAAGCUGCAAAAUUCCUGAAUUACGUUGUUGUUGUUGUUGUUGUUGUUGUUGUUGUUGUUUUUGCUGUCUUUUACUUUUUACUUUGCUCUGGAGUUAUGAAUGGGCUCUGUAUAUGCCACAAUUCCGCAGGAGUGCAGGAAGAGCUCAGAACAUGACAUUGAACAUAUAAUUUCUUUAUGAAAUCUCAGAAGCUAGGAGGAAGGGCCAAUCUGAAUAAUAAUUCCAGUAGAUGGAAGAGGGGCUUGAAUUAUGUAAAAACAGCAAACAUUGCAGAAUACAUUAUGCAUAAGAGAAAAUAUACAAAUAUAUUAAUUUGCUUAUUUAAUACAUAAUAUAAAAUCCAACUUUCCUUGGGGCACAGUUUGGAUUGCAGAAAGUUAAUUUUUUUAAAAAAAUACUGAGUUACAUAUUUCUCGGUGCACAGAAACGGCAGAUAAUUAAACUUAGUACAAAGCACAUAGCGCAACUCAGCCACAGUUAAGCACAUUUAAAUCCUUCCAGUUGGUGCAUUAAUGUGUGCUUACAUGCCUUCCAUUGACAUCAGACUGACAUAUAAAUGCUUGUAUUUGUCUGGAUUAUGCCCAUUUUUUUUUAGUAGGAUGGAAACAAACUAUGAAACUUCUCUCAUAUGAAAUGCAUUCUGAACUCCACAAUUCUUAUAAAGGAUGGACCACUCUCUCUAUAUAUUUUCAUCCCUGAAAAUUACAGCUCCAAGGUUUCAACCAAUAUUAAUCUUGCCUGAAUAUGGCAUAUUUUGGAUGCAUAAGUCCGACUUGUGUGAAUGUGUGAGUGAAAAGGGGGAAGCGUCUGUUUGUACCUGUGGUCUGUGAGAGGUGUGUGUGUACAAAAGAAAUAUGAAUAUGUUAGCGGUGUGUGUGUGGUCUGUGUGGGAGAUACGCACUUAGGCAGAGAGAAAGGGAGAGAUGUAUGAGUGAUAUGUAUAUACUGUAUAUGACUAAGUGAGGCAUGGAUACAUCUGUGGUCUGUAUGUGAGUAGUGAGUGUGCAUGAGGAGGUCUGAGGCUCCUUGUGGUGUGGAUCCUGGAGCAGCUGCUGUAGUUGCACCAUUAUAAUCCAGCUCUGAUUUAGUCUCACACUCAAAGUCAUGCAGCUUCUCUAUGUAUAGAGAAGGCUCCCUGCUUCAGGCUGAAUGCAAUGACAGCAAUUAUGGGAGCAGGAAAAGCAGUAUGAAUUUGAGCAUGGGGCUAAGCACAUGACCCUGAAUGCCCCCUGAACACACUUUCCUUCUAUCUGAGAGUAACAUGACUCCUACACACUUAAUUCAUAUCAGCAACUCCCCUCACAGGAUAUGUGUCUCAUCCUUCAAACUUCGUUGGUCAAUGUUAAAUAGAUACUUGCAUCAAGGGACCAUCUCAGUUAGUUUUCUAUAUGGCCAAAUAAUGCUUUGUUCAGAGUUUGAUUCUAUAAUGUCUCUGGUAUGUAGCUAGAUAAUUAAAGAAGCAUGCUAAAGUUGUAACAAAUGCCGCUCUAGAAAAAUUAGAACUGGUUCAUAGCAAGUGCACAUAGAAAUGGACUCGGGAACAAACAUCCAAGACCAAAAUAAGUUAAAAUACUUCCCUUCACAAGCAAGAAUAACUCAGAGUUCCAGCGCAAAGAAUGACAUGCAAAUAGUAGCAAUAUAUCAAAUCACAACAUAUAAAGAACACAGAACAAGGCUUUGCAGAAGUGAGACACUUGAUCUUUACAACAGCUUACCUAUCUGAGUGCAAACAAGUUUUGAGUUACUCAGAGAGCUAAAAAUUUGUUCAAAGGUGAUAUAUAUAUUCACAGUUUGAUGUGUACAAGAAUGUCUGAUUUAUUACACAUAUCAUUAUUUAUGUUCAGAGUUGAUUGCUGGCUAGUGCAACUAAAUGAGAGAAGGAGGCUAUGUAAAUCAAAGCCAAAAAAAGGAUAUCAGGCUAUAUCAAAAUACUGCAGUAAAUCCCAACUAUGAAGUGAGCUACAUAUUUCCAUAUAUCAUAUAUAUUUUUAAGUGUUGGGUUUGGGCUGUCUGGCACUCCUGAACCCAGUGUUAAGCUUCUCUCUUCCCAAUCAAGCAACAAAGCCUAGAAGUCCUACUUGCUGUUGUCACUUGCAAAUUUCAGCCUUGUUUGUCCCAUCCUUAUUAAUGGUGGGUGAGGGAAAAACAACCACUUUGUUCUCCAUAUGCUCAGUUGUCCUUUGUUGUGUGGUUCCGAAGUGCAAACCCCAUACAAGGGAUUUUGACAGGUGGGCAGCUCCACCUACCUGUCAACUUUGUCCUGCAAGGCUGAUACUGAUAAGGAUCAGGCCCUUCAAACCAAAAAGGUUCCCCACUGCUUACACUGAACAAAAUAAUUUGAUUUGUUGCAAACUCUAGGAAACAGUAAUGAAUUGGGCUCGGAACAUGAACAAGUAAGUAAAGUGUUGAGGAGGUUAGCUCACUUUUCAGUGACUAUUUGGUUCUGGAUACAUUAUGGAUAUCUGUAGGUAAACAAAACAACACAAAACAAAACCUUGCACUCCAUAGAGAGCUGGGCUGAAUGUUAGUAAGUUUCAAUUUCUUCCAAAACAAAGACACCAUCCCAAAAAAUAAUUUGGAGUAGAAUAGCCACAUUUUUUCCAUUCACUUUUGAUGGAGCAUCUGCUUAACAGCUCCAAAAUAGAUGCAAAAUUUAUUCAGAUGUAGAUAAACUAUUGCACUGUUUUCUUGGCCCAUAACAUUGCUCUAAUCAUUUCCUUCUCAGUGACUUAUAGCUCCCUUCUAGAAAUCAACUUUUGCACUUUAACCCUCCCAUUUGAGCGUAGUGCUGAUAAUGCCAAGAUCAUGGGUUUGAUCCCCAUAUGGACCCCCUACAUAUUCCUGCAUUGCAGGGGGUUGGACUAGAUGACCCUUAGGGUCCCUUACAACUCUAUAAUUCUGUGAUUCUAUGGCUCUUUUCAAAUAGCAUUGCCUUUAUAGCCAUUGUAAUCUACUACCUCAUAAGUUGCAAUGUGGGGAGGAGAAAAUUAUGAAUGGGAGUGCAGUGGAAGGGGGACAGAAUAAUUAACUCUCUUUUAGCACUACGGUUUCUCCCUUGCUACUUCUGCUGCUUUGGUACCAUUUUACUCCUUGGCUGCUUCAUUCGCUUUCCUGUAUUGCUCACACGAAGGACCACUGCCAGUCAGGGAUUAAAUAAAAGAGCGUAAUGCCACAAUGGGUAAAUACACACUGCAUUAUUGUUUUGUAUUUUAUUAUUGAAAACUUUUAACCAUUUAAAAAAGAUUUCUAGCCACCACACAGGCAAUCUGUUGGGUCACCUUGCCCAAAAUUCCUUGCUCUGAAGGACUCCUGGCCCUUUCUCAGUGAGACAGAGGGAAGAGGGAGCUUGGGGCCAAGGUACAGCCAGCACAAAUGCCACAUUAGCCACAGCAAAGCACUAAACAUUUCAGGGUGUGGGUGAAUAAAGAGGGUGAUGGCAUUGAUGCUACCUGCCUCAGGCAGACAUUCAAUGUUUUGCACCAGUUCUGACCUGCAGCUUUGCUCUGAUAGAUGCCACAGACUUUGUAGACAUGAAUUAUACUUCCUUCAAAAUGGGCAAAAGCAGCCCCCUUUUAUUCCCCUGGGUGGGUGCAAGAUGGAGAGAGAACAAACAAAACUCAGAAGCAUUUGCAGUGAUUAAGGUGCUGCACUACUUUGCAGUGGUCUGUACUCCCAUGGACUGUUCCAUCUUUGGCUGUGCUGCUGCAAUGGAUCAACUGUUCCGGGGAUGUUUUCCAGUCACUUGCUUCUACGGAGUGUUAUUUCUAUGGAGAAUUUCAAAGGCACUCAUCUUUCAUGGAAACACUGUCCAAACCUUCCCAGAUUGCUCGAGCCCAGAUUUAUGAUUUAUAUUUAGUGCACAUGAUCCUGGAUUUCAUGACCCUGAACCUGAACAACAGCCAGAACCCUGGCACAAAGGAGGAGGAAGGAGCUAGCUCAAGAAGACCAGUCAUGUAAGCAGUGAAGAUGCUGAACCCAGCAUCAGGCCCUGACACAGAACCUGAGCUGAAGUUCUGUGCCAGGCUUUGGGAAGCAGGUGUAAGACUCUGACAGGGUCCUAGAGCCCUCUUGCUUCCUUCUCAAAGCUCAGUAAGUGUUUGCCCAGCUUUGGGAAAAGAAGCAGGAGGACUCCAAGACCUUUACUGGGAACCAGUGGCGCUGCCCUAAAACCACCUCUGCCUUACAUCAGCUGUAAAGAAGCUGAAAAAGCUGACAUGAUUAGCCUCUUAGCUCAUUAUUAAUGUUCAUGGAAGAAGCCACAGAGGGAGAGGUAGAAGGAACGCUCUUUUAUAGUCUGCAUCUCUGGUUGUUUUUACUUUCCGGACUGUUUUAUUGUCGAACAAAAUGAACAAGUUCAUUUUCAACAUCUUAUUCUUAUUCAACAUCUUUAUCAACGACUUGGAUGAUGGACUCAAGGGCAUCCUGAUCAAAUUUGCAGAUGACACCUGUCAAGGCUGCCUCAAGUCUCAGCUCACAAAAGACCAACGCCUAUGUCUUCUUAUAUACAAAGGUGUUUAUUGCAGUUCAUUGUUUGCUUGACAUCCUAGGCGCGCAGCCUUACGUCUCUUACGCUUAGACCGCUGAAGUCCCCUCUGAGUCAGUCCCUCCCCUGCACCAAUUUAAGAGACUUGCGCUGCUCCACCUCUUUCUCUCCUUCCUUUUCCGCAGGGUCCUUCUGCCCGCUGGGGUUUCGCCCCUCCUGGAUUCCUCUGACGCGGAAUCAGACUGCUCUUCCCCCUCCUGCGGGCUUUGGGACCUGGCCCCUCCUCCGGGCUCCCUGUACUUCCGCGCGCCUCUACAUUUGAACUAGGCGCGCGCGCCAAACCUCUAACUUUCCUUUUGACAGUUACACUACUCCCUUCACUGCUCCCCUCCCCUUCCGGGAGGGCGGCUUGCUCUGACCCCCUUCCUUUCUCUGCUGCCGGAGCUGCUUCCUCUGACACACUGGAAACUCCACCCCCUUCGCUGCACUCUGGUGGGGAGGCUGGUCCUGACGCCCAGCUGCCACUUUGGGAUCCUCCGCUGGCCCCUGCUCCUGACACGUCCCCCUGGGGCUCCCUGGCCUUGACCACCGGCGCCCCCUUCUGGGAAUCCUCUGAUUCGCUGGAAAGACUCAUGGAAUCUCUUGAGUCAUUGUCAUCCUCUUCCUCGCUUGCUUGGAAUUCCUCCCCAUCGCUCUCCAUCUCCUGCCUACCCUGUGCCUCUCUCCCUGAACCCCUGACAACACCAAACUGGGAGGGGUGGCUAACACCCCAGAGGACAGGAUCACACUUCAAAACGACCUUGACAGAUUAGAGAACUGGGCCAAAACAAACAAGAUGAAUUUUAACAGGGAGAAAUGUAAAGUAUUGCACUUGGGCAAAAAAAAUGAGAGGCACAAAUACAAGAUGGGUGACACCUGGCUUGACAGCAGUACAUGUGAAAAGGAUCUAGGAGUCUUGGUUGGCCACAAACUUGACAUGAGCCAACAGUGUGACGCGGCAGCUAAAAAAGCCAAUGCAAUUCUGGGCUGCAUCAAUAGGAGUAUAGCAUCUAGAUCAAGGGAAGUAAUAGUGCCACUGUAUUCUGCUCUGGUCAGACCUCACCUGGAGUACUGUGUCCAGUUCUGGGCACCACAGUUCAAGAAGGACACUGACAAACUGGAACGUGUCCAGAGGAGGGCAACCAAAAUGGUCAAAGGCCUGGAAACGAUGCCUUAUGAGGAACGGCUAAGGGAGCUGGGCAUGUUUAGCCUGGAGAAGAGGAGGUUAAGGGGUGAUAUGAUAGCCAUGUUCAAAUAUAUAAAAGGAUGUCACAUAGAGGAGGGAGAAAGGUUGUUUUCUGCUGCUCCAGAGAAGCGGACACGGAGCAAUGGAUCCAAACUACAAGAAAGAAGAUUCCACCUAAACAUUAGGAAGAACUUCCUGACAGUAAGAGCUGUUCGACAGUGGAAUUUGCUGCCAAGGAGUGUGGUGGAGUCUCCUUCUUUGGAGGUCUUUAAGCAGAGGCUUGACAACCAUAUGUCAGGAGUGCUCUGAUGGUGUUUCCUGCUUGGCAGGGGGUUGGACUCGAUGGCCCUUGUGGUCUCUUCCAGCUCUAUGAUUCUAUGAUUCUAUGAUUCUAAGUUAUAAGGUGCUAGAAGAUCUAGCUAUCAAUUAGUGUUCGUAUUUUCAGCGAACAAUCUUAACUUUCUAUUGAUUUUACUAUAGUUUAAAUGCCAUCUAGUGUUUAAAUGAGGCAUUUCAUUUUUGAAAAGAUCUUUGUACAAAUUAAAUCCAAGUCACUAAGGCCAAUCUUUAUAAUGUAUUUUGCAGCUAUUUCAAUUACAACCUAUUUUACAGUUUAUGAUUGGGAUUAUUUUGCCCUGUAGCAUUAAUUACCUUUUUUAAGCCAAUAAGUCACUAUUUAUGAUAAGUACUUUGCCAUAUGACCUGGUUUUAUUAUUUUGGAUCUCUAUGAAGUUUUUAGUAUGACAGAGCCCAGUUUUUUCUGCAGCAGCAUUAGAAGUUCUAUUCUGAAGGCCCUGGAUGGAUUUCCAUCUAGUUUGUUAUCACAACACAGAUGACUCCUGCAUCUAUUCUGUUAAAUUAUCAUUUCAUAUGUUGCCCAAGCUGCAACACUACAUUAACACCUGCAGUAUUGUAACACUUUGCUACACAAAAAUGCCACUAGCAAUGACUUGUUAGCCCUCUUUGAUAGGUGAGAGUACAGCAAUUUGGGCAAUGCCCAAGUGGUUCAAAAUUUUAAUCCCAUCUUGGCCACACUUCAUUGUGUUAAAAUGUGUAGCUUGCCCCCACAUGUCUGCCAGCCAAGAUCCAUUUAGGCAGAAAUAGCAGGGCGUCAACCUGGGGUCUUUUGCAUUCAGAGUUUAUGCUCAGUCAUUGAGUUAUAGACCCUUAGAAUCGCACUGUGCAAUUAAAAUUAGUGACUCAUGUCCUGCAGGCAUGGUUGGAGUCAGUUCUGGAUUGACCCAGAAGAAAAGGUUCAAACAAGCUGGUUCAGUAUAUUGUAUUCAGAUGCCUAUAUUUUCUCCAGUUGUCCAUUACUUUACUGAAGUAUUCCCAACUGGCCUUCUUUAUUACUUUACUUUUAAAUCUACCUCUCUUUCCCCCCACCACUAAGGUCCUCCAAGCAGCUCACAAUAAAUAUCUACAUAAUGUUACACACUACCCCAGUCUCUGAGAGGUGCAAGAUUCCAGGGGUCCAGGGUCUUUGUUUCCUUUGGAAAUGAGACACAGCGGAGACUUUGUGGUGUGCUUUUGAUAUAUGGCAUAUAUAGAGAGAGAGAGAGAGAGAGAGUGUGUGUUUAUACAUAUAUACAACUUGAGGCUAUGAUGUGGAUUGGGAGGGGGCUUCCAGCAUUGCACUUUAAGAGGGUCCUGUGUCUCCCAUUGCUGCAGCCUUGGAUUCAAACUGUCAGUUCAUAUUGUGUUCUGACCGUCCUCCCUUCAGGUUGCCGCAUUUAACAGACUGCAACCACUUUCCUCCCAGGUCACAUAAUCACCCCUGCAAUCCUGAACUCAGCUCUGCUAACUAUUACUCCAUGGAACGAGGGGCUCCAUCCCCUUGCUGUCUGGCACAGCCUAUAUCUUCCUAAUGGCUCUUCACCUUCCCUUUGUUCUUCCUGAUGGUUCUUCUCCCAGGUGAUUUCCUGAAUGGGAAAGCUAGUUUGGCCUAUAUUUUUCCUAAAUCCAGCAUCUGGCAGCCCAUUUCAAUACUCCAAGCAUUGUUUGAACUCCCAACACCAAUUAGACCCAGCAGCUAUUAGACACAGGCAUUUCGGGGAGUCAAAGCACCCACAAACCCAUCACAAUAACAACAAAAACCCAGUAAAAUACAAAUCCAUUCAGCAGGAAGAUAAUGUUACAUCCUUUUGUAAAAUCCCUACAAAAUCCCUUGACCUACUGUUCUUAUUUUUGAAGAUGAGUCAACAACAUUCAAUAGAAAAUUAGCAACUUUGGAGCCAGUCCUCAUUACAAAUUAAACAGAUUCCUUAAUCAAGGGCAACAUAACAAUGGUUUCUAUAGUGGUGAAAAGCACAGUUAUGGUGAAGAUUAUCCACUAGUUGGCCUCCUGAUGAAUAUGCAUUAUUUUUGGAAUUCAAUUAUCUUCUCUUUGUUAUGCUUUUCGCACAUCCUGCUGGCAACUGGAGUUGUGAUAAUGUAAGAAAUUAGCUACUUUGCAUGUCAAAUAUUGCCCAGCUGAUCACACAUUAUUUUCCCCUUGACAGAAUCCGUUUCAUGUGGCAAAGACAGCAAACUUAGGGCAUAUACCAACAUGUCUGCAGUAGCAGGGUUUAUUUAUUUUUUAUUUUUAAAGAGAAAAUGAGGGAUGUGUAUAUUCACAUGUAAAAGAGGAGAUGAGUGCAUGCCAGGAAUCUGAAAAAGCUGUAGAAUAUGCUAGACUGCUGUCGAAAGUCAUGCCCAAUUACCUGGAACAGGGGUUGCCAACUUUUUCUGGGCAAAAGGGCACAUUAGGAAUUUUGACAACAACAAGAAGAAUCUUUAUUACAGCCAUAGGACAGUGAAUUUUGUCAAAAUGUUGUAAGUCACCAAGUGGCUGUCAGAGGCAUGGCAUAACACAAAAUGGCUGUCAUGGGAAUGUGAUGUAACAUAAAAUUAGAGUACACUUACUCCUGCUGUUUCACUAACCUACAGACAGCCUAAUGUUUACUGCAGAAAGUUAGCUGUGUUCUGCUGGUCCUGAUUGGGGAGAUCACACAAUAUGGAUUUCACACACAAACCCAUGAGCGCGUGCACACAUACACAUGCUGUUGCUGUCUGAUAACAACAAGGAUCAUUCCCUAGUACCAGGAAAUAUACAUGAAAUGGGUGCUCUGCCAGCAGUGGAUUUAGAACAGUUCAGGCAAUUCCCUCUCACAGGGCAUCGAGCUGAGGGGGCACAAAACAACAAUAACAAUAUUGCCUAUAUUUACAUGGGGACCUACUGAGAAGAUCCAUAAAAAAGCAACUCUCCAAAGGAAUUAUUGCGAAAAUAAGAAAUAUUUGGGUGUGAGUGCACAAGAUUUUGUCCUUGCUCAGGACCCCAUAUUACCAAAGUCUGCCCCUGACAUCACAUGCACAUGGCAAGGCCCCCAAUGUCGGUUGGAACUCGGUGCCUCUGAUGUACAACAUCCAUCAACUGAACUUAACCUUCUCUAACUGAACAAGCUAACAAACAGCCUUGCUUUUAAGAUUCUAUUAAUCUUACAGAUACAGUAACAUAGAUCAUGCUGUACGUGAGCAAAGGGGUUGCAGAACAGGAGAGAGAAGGCAUAGAAACAGGGAUGAUCUAUGUAGAAGGAAGAGUUGAGAAAAGCUAGUAGAGGGGGGAGAAGGGAAAGGGUUGAAAAUGGGGGUGCAAAGAAGGUUGGAAAAAGGGAGUAGUAGACACAAGAAUGGGGGUUGAGAUGAAAUCAGGGGCUUGAAAGGGUCUGCAGAAUAGGAGGGGAUGGUGACUUCAUAAUUGGGCAGAAGGUGAAAAGGUUGGUUAGUAUUCAUUGCAGUGUGCAAGAAGAGGAAGAUGCAGGGGGUCACCAUGAAGGUGGCUUGUGUACAAGGAGGUGGGGGUGUUGCACAAAAGGUGAGGAAGAAGGAGGGAUGGGUUGGUGGGGCAAUAAAAUAGACAUGGCUUCACAAAUGGGCUUAAGAAGGUGAAAAGCAAGCAUUACAGUUGCAUGGGGUGAGAAGGGCAAGCCCUAGGGUUUUAAUGUGAUGGGGAACGGCAAGAGAAUUGGCAAGUGGAGUUGACAGGCAUGCGAUCUCUAGUAUUAAAUAAAAAUUUACCUAUCCUCAUCAAACCUGAGUUCUGAACUGUCAGGUUUAUGAAAUAAACUUAACCCCUUGUUAUAUUCAUUAGAUAUCUGCCAACCUUCUGCAAAUUUAUCUUGCCUUAGCCUUUUUUAAAUUGAUGUCCAAAAACAUAGCCACGUUAAUAAUUUAAAAAGCAGCUGGAGGACAGUUAGUGGCUACUAGCCAGAGAAUCUAAAUGAAUCAAUAUGCUCAGAAACAGUAUACCUCUGGUGCUACUUUUGAGGAUGAUUACCAGAGGAAAAUACUUUGAAAAAAAUAGAAAUGAAGAAAUUUAAGAUUAUUAUUAUUAUUGUAUAGGCACAGUAAACAAAGAGAAUUUUCUUCCAAAAGAGCCCUACAUUUGCUAAUCAAUUAAAGGCUGAUUUGCACAAUACAGUGGUACCUCGGGUUACAGACGCUUCAGGUUACAGACUCCGCUAACCCAGAAAUAGUACCUCGGGUUAAGAACUUUGCUUCAGGAUGAGAACAGAAAUUGCGCGGCGGUGGCGCAGUGGCAGUGGGAGGCCUCAUUAGCUAAAAUGGUACCUCAGGUUAAGAACAGUUUCAGGUUAAGAACAGACCUCCAGAACAAAUUAAGUUCUUAACCCGAGGUACCACUGUAUAUUUUUGGCUACAUGAAUCAGCUGCAGUAUAUUGUUGAAACUGAAUAAAUGCAGAUGUAGACUGGGCAAUUAUGCAUAUGGUCAGAAAUGAUUGCUUUAAUCUUAAUGGCAUUUUUCCUAACCACCGUGAGAAAUUGCUGCUGAGCAUGUUACCUGAUGCACACAUAAUACAGAUGCCCACACAGGCUCCCUCCAUAAUUGGGAUUACCCUCAAAUCAGCUUCCACAACCAUCUUGGAAACUGCUAGAAAAAUUGCAGACAGCCACAGAUACCUUGGGGUGAAAGACUAAAGCCUUAUAUGCGUGCUUCUGCAGGAAUAAUGGCAUGAGGGAGAACUGGGACAACAUUUUGAAGCUCCACCUCCCUCCACCAUGUCAUGUUCUUGUUUUCAGCCCUUCAUGUGCUUGAGGGCAGAAUUGUGAAAUGGGGCACCUCCUAUAUUCUUAGAGGUUCCCUCCACAGUUUAGAACCCCUGCUUUAGAGGUUUGCCCUCCAACUCACGGAGGGCUUUAAACAGGGCAAAAGGGAUGCACCAGAGGGACUGAGGCAUAACUCUGUGCCCCUGAUCUCCCUUAUCAUGAAUACCAAACACGGUUUAUUUGCUGCUGCACUCUGUAUUUCAAUUCAGCCUUCCUUUUUAGAAGAAUGUGACUGCAAAUAUUUUAAGCAAAACAAGAACACUUCAUUCUGACAAACCUAUCUGAGAAUGCUCUCUGGAAUGUCAAUAACGUUCCCCCUUCACACUAAGACAGAUAGGUCUUUAUUUAUGAUGUUAUGCCAGGGAAACAAUCAUAAUUGAGGAGACUGUGAGUCACAUCCAGAUAUACAGACCCAUUUAAAUUCAGCAGAUGUAUGAACAUGGACACAUAAAUAAUGACAAUGUAUUUGCCUUCUUUCGCUAUGCUCCUCCUACAAGACUUUGGGAACAGUCUAUAUGCUAUAUACUGCAUCACAAUCUCCUGGGCAAAUCAUGACUCUACAUUUCUACAGCACCUCUUCUCUAGAAAUUUGACCUCUUGAAGCUUGAAUUAUUUAAAUGUCUACUAUGCACAGAAUUAAAGCACAUGGUUCAGAACUUGUAUUUCCCUUGCUUGUGGGAUUACUCUGCUGCAAGUGACAAAGGCAGAGAUGUCAAACUGUUUAGCAACAUUACACAGACAGGGAGAAGGGAAACUGUUUUCAGUCUUCAUUCUGCGCUCAAAUAUACCUUUAGCUGCCUGUAGCUGCUUUCCUGAAAUUUCCAAGAUAAUGAGAGCUCCAGGGCCUAUGUCAAUUUUGCGAGGCGGGUGGACUUGCAAGAAUUGCUAAAACUAAUGAGUUUCUCUGUAUGGGGAAAAAAAACAUGCAUAAACCUGAAGCCAAUCAGAUUAGUACUCUAGUUCUCAGUGUAGUCAGUUGCCUGCCAGAAUUACUUCCUAAGAUAUCUAUGCAAACAAUUCAACAAACUGAGCACCUCAAACUAAUUUAGGGCUAAACUGUGCCUGUGGUUCUUGUCUACAUCAAGUAAAGGUUUGAGAACCCAGCUAUCACUUUGUGACUAAAGAUGGAUUGUCAAAGGGGAUAUUUUUUUUCCCUUUUCCCAUAGCACUAGUUCAUCAUGCAGAUGUUAGUUAGAAAUACUGAUGGACUACUCUGGUUCUUGCUGUCGGCUAGUUUUUCUGCUGCCCUGUCUAGUGUGGUGUGAUUCUCUUCUUUGAAUAAAUUGGAUUGGUUGUACUAACCAGAUUGCUUGUCCCAAUGUUGCCUUUGCUUGGUUCAUGUGGGUCCACUUUGUUCUCUGCUGUCAUAAUCUCCUUGAUGAUCUGCAUAUCCUGAAAGCAGAACUCACACAAUACCUUUGAUUUAUUAGAACCAACCAGACACCACAGUGAGGGAAACUAAUUUGCACAAAACCACCCUCAGGCUAAAUGUGAAACAAAAAUACUGAGUGAUCUUUGGUCAGCAGCACCAUCUCAGCUUAAAUCUAGCACACAAGGAUAUUGUUGAGAUAAAAGAGGGUAAGACCUGUAUGCUGCUGUGAACUCCUAGGAGAAUGUACACAUUAAAUAUAUGCUAAAAAUUAACUUUAGAAAAAAAACUAUAUUAACUCAAUACUAAAGAUGGAAGUGGGAGUGGGGGCUGAGAGCUAGUGUCUUUUCCAAGGCUGCUGCUGCUAUUGUUGUUGUUAUGAUUUUUAUUAUUAUAUAUACUGCCCUUCAUCAUAAGAUCUCAUGGCAGGUCACUAGUGAGUUUAUAAUUCUGGAAUCCCCAAUAUGGUGACUAUGGUGACCCUUUCAUUUUUUUAAAUCUGGAAUUUAUUCAGUUUUGCCCUUGGGUGGUGCCCAGGGUUUUUUAGGAGAGGUGGAUGACAUUUGCUACUAUUUUGUGGUGUGCCUGCAACAGUUCCUUAGAUUUCUAAAUGUGCCCACAGAAAAAAGUUUGGAGACUUUUCUUCUACUACUACAAAAACUGACAUUUCAACCCAGGACUUUCUUGCUUAUACCCAUGGCAACCACAGUAUACCAACUCACAUUGCAAUGUGCUGACCAGUCUGUAAUUUAAUACGUUAUUAUGACCAGACGGGAGAAAGGAAUAUUUUAUGUUCAUACUGGUUGAAAUAACAAUACACUGAAAUGGAGCAAGAUAAAGAAGAAAAUAAUUAGGAAUACAAUUGACAAUGACAUUUACAGUACCGGUAGUUUAUCAAGGUUUAUAUACCGCUUAUAAUGGUUUGCUGUGCAAAUACUGAGUGAUUGUCAGUAUUACGAUUUGCAAAGUUACAGCAGGCAUAAUACCACUAGAAGUCUAUAUUUUUACAAUCCUAAGGCAUCACACAAAUAUCAGAUGGUGAGUUCUAAACUUGUAAACCAACAUGGAAUGUUUUGGUUCCCAACUUAGAAUGUUAUUCCAAACUAGUCUCAGGGUUCAUUUCUGCUCCUAUAUUGAGUCUAAAACAUUAAUUGACCCUUAACCUUACAAAUGGAAACAUCUGUACUAAGAGGCAAAAGCAAGAGGGAGAAGAAUCCCAUCAUAAGCUGUUGCCAAACAUGUUACAACCUGACUAGAAGUAUUGCAGCCCGAUACUUCAAUUCUGUGAAGCAAUGUGCUGAACUCUGUGGUACCCAGCCUUGUGCAUCCCUCCUCAGCUUGUUUUUUCUCCCAGUUUCUCUUCCCACUCAUGUUUCUGCAUCCUUCCCCUUUCAUUCUUUCUUUUCUAGGCUUCUGCCUCUUCUACUCCUCCUCUUUGCUUAAGGAUUUUCUGCCUGCCCUGACCUUCUCUAGAAUUAGAGCAGCUGAGCCAAUGGCAACCCAAGGCCUUUCUGGCUCCCCAACCCCUCCAAUAUGCAAGCUUCACUGUCACCCCUACUGCUUAUGUCACUAUCACAAAACCCUGAGAAUAGUGUUUCUCAAACCAUGGGCUAUGGCCCACUACUGGGCCUCAGCAUUGUUCCAAGUGGUCCUUGUAUUGGAGUAUAUAUAGUUUUGUUUAACUAUUUAUUUUGUGCUUUUAUCCUUUUAUGUUGUGAAUUGCCCUGAGAUCUUCGGGAUGCGAAUGGGAUCUGUUCCGGAGCCCCGUUUGCAUCCUGAACAGAACGUAAGACGCAACUGUGUGUCUGCAUGUGCGCGGGUUGCCUUUUGCCGCUUCCGCGCAUGCGCGUGAUGUCAUUUUGACCAUCUGCACAUGCACGAGCAGCGAAACCCGGAAGUAACGUGCUCCGUUACUUCCGGGUCGCCGCAGAGCGCAACCCGAAAAUACCUAUUCUGAAGCAUAUUUAUCCCAAGGUAUGACUGUACUGUAUAUAAAUUAACAACAACUUUAUUCUAGUAGUUACAUUAAAACAUAGAGUGCAACUCUAUCCAUUCAAGUGUGGCAUGCUGGGGUUCAGAUGCUACUUUGCUCUGUACUUUCUUCCACCACUAGGGGGAGUGUGUUCUUUUCUCUACAGCUUUACAUUUAGGUUAAACACAUUUAGGUUCUUUUUCCCAUGAUUUCUGAAAUGCCCCAACAACUUUCUGACAACUUACAGAGCAUGAGAGUUGACACAGUCCUCACUCACAGUUUCCCAAAAACGUUUCUCUAAUCUGCAUUGUUUCAAAGGCAAAUAUAAUGAGGAGAAAGACUUGCAUUGUUAACUGAGAGGAGAAAUUACCAUUCUAUGGCUUGGUCAAGGUGCAGUUUUGACUGAGAUGAGAAUUUCCUUUUGUUCUUUUGUCCCUGUUCCUUUGAGACAGUGAAGAACAUGGCUGAUUGAUGUUCUAUGACCUUCAGUGGUAUGGUGCCAGAGAAGUUAAGUUUCAAACUUGUAGAGCUUUGAAAAACAAGCCAAAUCACAUGCAGUGUGUCAGACACCUUCAGCUUUAGUAACCCUGCAGUAUGCCAUGAACAGGGGAAAAAUGCUUCUUUUUGCCUCACAGCAAAGGAAUUUUGAACCGAAGUUCAUUUCUUUAUGUUACAGGCAAAAAGCCAGCAACAUUUAUAAAUUAUAAAAAUUUACUUUUGCUGACUAUGAGCCAACAGUCUUCUUUGAGAGGGCCUGUUUUUAUCAAAGAGCCCAGAAGUCUAGAGAAACUGUUGAGCCGUUCAUAAGAGACCUUUAUUUUUUUCCAAGGAGCUCCUCAUGGAGACACAGUAUACAGCGAUGUGCACCUGAUUGGAAGACUUAACUCUUUGCAAGACUAUAGAGGCAUCAAGAAAAUCAGGGGCAACCAAAACUUAGGCCAGGGAGAGGAUGUAAAAUGAUCCACAACUUCGGAGAUAUUUUCUUGGCAAGAACAGCCCAGUGUAAGAAACAUAGCUUAGUUGAUUAGAGUCUGGUGCUGAUAACACCAAGUUUGCAGGUCUGAUCCUCAAAAGGGACAGCUGCAUAUUCUUGCAUUACAGGGGAAUAGAUGAUCCUCCAGGUCCCUUCCAACUCUACAAUUCUAUGAUUUUAAGAAAAAUAAGACCCUUUGUUAUGGUGCAAGAAGUGAUAACAGAAAUGGAAAACCUAUUUUUAUUUAGCUCCAUUAGCUCCCUCAAAGUAACCUGGGUUGUAUUGGACACUCUUUUGCACAAGAUAAACAAACAGGAGAAGUUUGAGUUCAAUGAUAAGAGGUCAGAAUCUUAAAAUGUGAGUAAGAAUAAGAGAAUAUGUCAGUGUCGGUUUCUCUCACUUUCUCAUUUUUUCCUAAUCUUAAACAUAGUUCUCCAUAUGCCCUCAUCAGUUUGCAUUUUAAAAGAAGUCCCCAUGAAAGUUUACCAGCAUCUCAGUUCAAAGGUCUCCUAAUAAAACAUGCCUGUACAGGCAAUGGGGUGUGUGGGAUGUUAGAGGAGGAGUUUGUUCACCUUUGGUCCCCACUCUGCACUCAGCUCUCACCUGUGGCUCCUAGAAGCUGUCAGCAUAUGACAGCGGCCACACCCCAGGAAAUGGCUUCAACUGGCCUGCUAAACCAUGUUAGGGCAGCUGAUGAGUCUUAAAUCCUUGGUGAGUUAAGGACUUCCUCUGCAUGCGAAGACAGGCUUUGGUGGAUUGAGUGGACAAAACCAAUAGUGGGUGCAACGGUCAAGAAGGUGGUUUCUACACAAGCUGUAGAGGAAAGUGAGAGGCAGAUGGGACUUGUCAACCUGGGAAGGUAGCCCUUCUAGGAGAAGCAAAGCUCUGACCCUAAAUCUCCGCUGCCUUGUGGGACAUCUUUGGGAGAAGAAAAGACUAAGGAGUAAACCCUACAUCAAUCCAGAGUGUAGUCCCUAAGAUGGUUUGAUGGUGCCUUGUAUGCCUCCUUCCAGCAACUCCUGCCACUAAGCUUGUGCCAAACGUAUUUUUCUACUUUCCUUUGGACCACAUCAGCAAGGCCAAGAGGGGAGUUGUUGUCUGGGCAGCCCAGCACCUCCAUACUCACUGCCCAGGCUUAUGCCCUGGGGAGUUCACUUUGGUGCUGCUAAUACAACAGUUUGACUUCAUCCCUGGAGGUGCACUCCACUGUCUUUUGAGACUGCUGGAUGCCAACAAAUUGUACAGACAAUUAAAGAAUUAAAAGCAACCAAAGCACCAGACCCAGACGGAUUAAUAACUGAACACUCUAAGAGCUAUGUAGAAGGAAUAGGAGAACCAUUAACUAAUGAUCUAGAUGGGUGGGUGUUAUACCACAGGAGUGGACAAUUCAUGCAAAAAGGGUGUGAGACAUUUUCUCAUUCUUCCCCAAAGCUUGAGGAUGCCAAGUACCUUCAGAACCCCAGCAUACCUCUUCUUUGUCUUUGUCUCCAACCCUUGUCCUCACUCGUUUGCUUGCUUUCCUUCUGCUGAUCUCUCUCUCUUGCUUUCCUGUGCCUUUGUUUUCCAUUUUGGCUUCUUUUGUUUCCUGCUCGGGACCCCACUGCCUAUGCAAGCUUCUGUUGCUUUAUUUCUCUGCCAAUCAGUCACCAAUGCUCCAUUGGCAUUCUUAGUCCACCCACUUCCAGAAUACUCAUCUGCACAUCUAGAUGCCCCAUUUGCCCACCAGAGCUCCGAGGAAGCCACAGUACCUCCCUCUCUUCACAAAGGGGGGAAAUAAAAACAAUGUUGGGUUCAAACACCCUUAACACUUUCACAUUUUUACUAUAAAACACUAAUGUCAGUAUUAACAAGAUGAUUAAAGUGUUAAAAAUAUAUUCAAAAAGACAAAAAAAGCCUUUUUAAAAGGCAAAUAAAUAUGAACAGUUAUUUAUCUUUUAUGCAAUUGAAAAUAGAUGACAACUGCCUGCAUUUUCUUUUAGAUACAAUGGAAGCUUAAGUCAGAUUUAAAAGAUUUAUCCUAUGUAAAUGGGUGGAUAUGAUAUACACCAUGCCAGCACCAAUGUUCCUAAUAAAAGGGAAAUUUCCAAGACAGAAGGAGGAACAGGGCAAAGCUACUCCUGCCCUAGUUCAUUGAUAGUAUUUCUUGAACUAUUAGCAACAGUAGUGAGACAAGAAGGAACUAUAAGUGGAAUAAAGUCUGAAGGUCCUGAAUGGAAGUAAAUGCUUACAAAUAUGGAUAAAUAGCUGAAUUUAAAGUGAAUUUAGCUAAGAACCAGCCAAAGUUUAAUUGGGAGUGGUUGGGGGAUUUUCAGGUAUGGAAAAGGAAUGAAAGGAAUUCUGUCAUGACAGGACAGAGGUCCAUUCAAACAAACAGUGAGGGAAAUGCAGGAUUGUAUCUAUGAGAAUCAUUUCAUAUUCACACCAUCAGUAAGUGAUUUAAAAAUAGCACCUGUGCACUAUAAAUAGCUGCUUCUAAAACGUAUCAAGUCUCCUCUGUUCUGUAUUUACUGACAAAACAAAAACCCUCCUCACACUGUUUUAUUUCUCUCAUCACUUGUUGGGAGCAAUUACUGUAAAAAGGCAAAGCCAGGUUCUGUUCUUCCUUAUAGAAAUGGUAGGAGCAUUACCAGGAGACAAUACUUGUUUCCAGACUAUAUACAGUAUUACAGUAGGUAAAUAAGAAGUACAAAACAAGCAUUUGUCUUUUUGGGGGAGGAAGGUAAUGAUAUCUCAGAAAUAAUUACGGCAACACUAAGAAGGUGAACAAACAGGGAAUGCAAAAAUAUUGAAAUUGAGGAAUAAAAGAGCAGCCAGCCUAGCGUCUUUCCCCUCACUCUCUUGUUUCCUUUAAGACUGGGAUUGAUUCUCUCCAGCCAAAGCAAGCCUUUUAGAUGUUAGCAAUAUAUGAAGAGGGGAAGCAGGACAUCCCGACCUCAGGGCCAUAGACCCUGCCACCCAUUUAACUGAAGAUGUCUGCAAAGAGGAAGCCUCCUUACAUAGAGAUGUGUGCACAUAGGCUUCCAUGUGGUCAGGAAACCAGAUUGCGCAAGGUUUGGAGUAGAUUUGGUAUCAUCUGCAUGUGGAUAGCACCCAGCUGUAUUUCUCAUUUUCAUCAGAUUCAGGCAGUACAUUGGAAGAGCUUAAUCAAUAGCUGAGUCACUGGAGGGCAGCAAAUAAAGUGUAGGUCAGAUAAGAUGGAGAUGUUGUUGGCAGGUAGGUAAUCUAUCCAGUUCAGUUGUGUUCUGGAUGGGUUUGUACUACCCAAAAGGAUAAGUCCUCGUAUGAUUAUACCUUGAUAUCUUGUACCUUGAGCUACAGAUAACACCUAUCCAAUAUAACUGUAUUCGCUUUCCUUCCCACAGGUACCACCCAUUCUUUUGGAUAAACAAUUCUCAGAGUUUACACCAGACAUCACACCCAUUAUCCUGGCUGCCCAUACAAACAAUUAUGAGAUCGUAAAACUUUUAGUACAGAAAGGUGUUUCUGUUCCCAGACCGCAUGAAGUCCGCUGUAACUGUGUGGAAUGUGUCUCUAGCUCAGAUGUGGACAGCCUUCGCCAUUCCCGAUCCAGGCUCAAUAUCUACAGAGCUCUUUCAAGUCCGUCUUUGAUUUCCCUGUCAAGCGAGGAUCCUUUUCUUACAGCUUUCCAAUUAAGUUGGGAACUUCAGGAACUGAGCAAAGUGGAGAAUGAGUUUAAAUCUGAAUAUGAAGAACUAUCACAGCAAUGCAAGCAAUUUGCAAAAGACCUCUUGGAUCAGACACGGAGUUCCAGGGAACUUGAAAUUAUUCUUAACUACAGAGAUGAUAACAGUCUAAUAGAAGAGCAGAAUGGUAAUGAACUUGCAAGACUCAAACUGGCAAUUAAGUACCGUCAAAAAGAGGUAAGUGUAUAGAAGAAUAUUUUUCUGAUUUAAUUGAAAUAAUGUAUGAGAUAGAUGAUAUACCCAUCAAAUGAGACAAAUUGCUGUCAAGGUCUUUUGUUCACCAUAUUGUCUCAAUUUAAAAAAGGUAAUGGGCACAUUCGGUUAUUAGGCUCUUGUGAUACAAGAAACUGAAAUAUUGCAGCAUAUAAGAAAUCCAGAAGUACUGCUGCUCAUGUUUUCUCAUGAAAAAAAGAUCCUGUUAGUAUAUCUGCCUGACGUUAAGCUCUGUGGAAAGACAGAAGUAUUUUCUGGUUCAUUUUACAGCCUAGAAUUCCUCCACAAGCAGCAAUGUGCAUUACUGCAAAUAGUUGCUUCCUGUAAAUGUGUGGAGGCUUUCAUGAUGAUGUAAUAAUGAUAAUCAAAUCAGUGAAGGUAUAGAAAUCAGACAGAUGGCACUGUGUUGGGUGAGGAAAUGGAGGCUACUGGUAGGAACCUAUCUGACCCAGACACUAGUGAGAUCCCUUCAGAGGAAGAGUCUUGGCCCCCUACAGACUCUCUUCCAACUGAAGACUUGGAGGUAAUCCAAAGGCAGCCUGAAGUACCCCACUUCAGAGAUGUCUAACUUAGGCUACCCAAGGACCCCAUGCCAAGCUCUGCCACGAUCUCUGAUUCUCCCCCUCCAGCUCUCAUAAGUGAAGAUGGCAGCAGAACCAAACAGGAAGCCCAGAGUCGCAGGAAGAGUGCUUUAUUGCCAGGAUCUACUUGGGUGAGAAUCCAGCUUCAAGGAAUGACCCAGCAAAGAACCUGUUAGAGGAGGAGCUGGUGGUGACUGUGCAAUUCUUUGGGUCUUCUCUGAACCUUCGUUAGGUUAACAGCUCCAUUUUGAGCUCAUUAAUGUUCUUCCAGCUCCCUCUGUCCUGUUCUGGAACUCCCUGGCUCAGCCCUAGAGGUUCCUGGCUCAGCCCCUGCUUCAGCUACCACUCUGACUCCAGCCUUCACAUCAGGUGCUGGUCAUGAACAACUACUUAGAAGGGUUACGUUCCUCUUGGUUGAGCCACAAUAGUCCAGUAAUUCAGUGAGAACAAAACGACUUUGAAAUACUAAUAGUAAUGGGUGGCUUCCAACAGAAUAUUAAAAACAAACUUCCCUAAACAGGGCUGCCUUCAGAUGUCUUCUAUAAGUCCGAUACAGUCGUACCUUGGCUUUCGAACAGCUUAGUUCACGAACAACUUGGAACUCGAAUGUUGCAAACCCGGAAAUAGGUGUUCCGGUUUGAGAACUCUGUCUUGGAAGCCGAACAUCCAGCGCAGCUUCCACUGCUUCCGAUUGGCUGCAGGACACUCCUGCAGCCAAUUGGAAACAGUGCCUUGGUUUCUGAACAUUUCAGAAGUCGAACAGACUUCCAGAACGCAUUCUGUUCAAAAACCAAGAUAUGACUGUAGUUGCAAGUAUGCCUUAGAAAAUUCUAUGCACAUUUAGUAGGAAUAAGUGCCACUGAGGUAAAUUGAACCUAUUUUUGAAUAAAUAGGCUGCACCAAACAAUUUACUUACUGAAGCUGAAAAGCAUAAAGAAGAAAUAUAAAAAAUAUUAUUAGGAAUGCAGUAAUGCAGUUCUCAAGGGGAGCAAUACCUCCUUUAUCACCUCUUAGACUCAUUCAGAAAGUUCUGAUUUUUCUGCUUCAACCACUGAGUGAGUGAGACUAACUCCAGCCAAUUAGUCUAUAAAGGGAUUUGGAUCACCAUGAUGCUUGAGAUGAUAGCCUGUUUUAUUUGAUUCAAAGUUUUUUUUUUAUCAUAACUGAUGAAUUUCCACAUGUUGAUAUUUUAAUCACACCCUUUAGCAUUGAUUUUAAUUAUUUUUGAAUGCUUUUAAUAGUUGUUUUUAACUGAUAAUAGGAGUUUUUUUGUAAACCACCUCGAGGUCUCUUUGUUUUUUACAAUCAAGUGGUAUAUAAUUUUUAAUAACUAAGUAAAAAUAAUUCUUUAUAACUGGAAAGUCGUGUGAAGAUAGGUGCAGGAAGAUACUGUUUGCAAAUCAUGGAGCUUCAGCAUUACAAUGUAAACACAGGGUUAUGGUAUCCUGUUUGCCUCAUAGCACAUGGUUCUACUCAGAUAAUUUAUUGUGUAACAUGAGAAUAUUUUUAAUAUUAUAUUUUAAGAUUUUCAGACAUUGCAAAUAGCUAACAUAAAUGCAAAUAUUUUUAAAGCAGAGUUCAUUUAAAGAAACAGUCCUAAGAUGAUAUUUAGUUAUGCGUGUGCAUUGCUUAUUUGGUUGUGCCACCUUAACAUUUUAUGCUUUAUAACAAAAGUAUAACCAAGUUAGAAAGCCAUCAUAACAAAUGUGAUAUUGCAGAGGUUUACUUUGGUCUUUCAUACUUUCUCGAAGCUGAGCAAUUUCCUCAAGCUCCAUUUUAACAGAUGGCAUCCUUUGCCUUUUAAUUAGCUGUUACCUGAAAUCAGACUGUAGGGAGGAGGAAACUAAUUAUGGCUAAGAUUCCAAGAACCACAUGACUACCAAUUCUGCAGCCCCAAGUGGGCUUUUAGAAUUGUACUUUUCUAAUGCCGCUCCAUCAUCCCAAGCAAUAAAAUUCCUUUAAAACUGAGGCAUAUUCUCACAGCAGUCUGUGAUUAACCCGUAGUGGGAAGAGUCUCUGCUGUUCAAAAGUAUGUGUGGAGGGAGUGUAAAAAGCUCCCAAUGAGAAACACACAAGCCAGGAGGGGUGACUGUCUAAGUGAAUCUCAGCCUGCAUCUCUGUUUGGAUUAACCUGCCUGUUUCUGUCCAAACAGCUCAUCUGUUGCAACAAUUUGUAGAUCAAUUAUGAAUAUGUAGCCAUUUUCUGCUUGCACAGAAUCCCAUCACAUGAGAAUUCUAGAAGAACCCUAGAUUAUUUUUUGUGGAGUCCAUUCCAUCUGCCUUUAAUGUAACGUAUGAAGAAUUUAAUUCAUAAAGCUUGAUUUAUGCAAUGAAACACUGCUAUCCAAUUCAUUCAGCCAUAUAUAUAUAUAUAUAUAUAUAUAUAUAUAUAUAUAUAUAUAAUGAUUUCCUCUCUUUUGUAAGGGCACUUCCAGAAUAUCUGUUUAUUGAACAUACAUCCUGAUUUGUUUGCAGGGAGAAUAGAUGAUAUUGGCCAUUUAAUGAGUAUUCAUUCCAGUUGGCUUGCAGGGAGGUUUGAUGAUGUUGCGUUAAAGCAAGUGCCAUCCCAUUGCUUCCCAGUGCAACUUUGCACUAUUUUUCUUUUCGCGAGAAGUCUGAAUUUGGGGGGAAGCAGACUUGUUGCAUGCAACCUCCCAAACAGCUUGAGUUGCACAACCUGAAUUUGCCGCUCUGAGCAACUCCAGACAGAUGUCUUAUACCAGGUUUAUGCACCAAUAAGCAUUAUACACUUUCAAUGUGGAUUUAUAAUGUAUUUGUCUGAUCCUCCUCCUGCUACAUUAAUGUUUUCCAAUACUCCUGCAUUAUUGACUCUGCACUGGCAUCCUCCAGCAAUUCCAAGGCCAUUUUUUGCGCCCUCACCAUCCACCCUAUUGACCCUCCCCCUCUUCAAAAGUAGAAGUUAGUUAUGCUGUAUGAUACCAUGCUGCCAUAUCACUGUGCUUUUUCCAAGCACCAGCAGUAGCACAGCUGUUCUUUUCUCUCAGUCUGCAGCAAGAAGUCUGAUCUCUUCUUCCCUCCCUGUGCCCUGUAGCUGGGCAAAGAUCUGACAUCUGGAAGGAAGGGAGCUGGGAAAGAAGGAGGAAAAUACAUAAAUCGUCAGUUGCCUCUGUGUUGCAGUGGCACACAAUCACCUCUCUAGUCUCUCUCUUGCUCUGCACACACACAGCCACCACAUUGUUCUGCGUUUAAGCAUACACCCAUCUCUGAGCAAAACAAAACCUUAAGAGGCUGAGCCAGUCACAAAGCUUCCCUUUGACCCCCCCCCCCCCCGACACAAGUGGAGCCACCAUAGCUGCCAGCAAGCAGCAAAAAAGAGCAGGUGGGCAGCAAUUUUAUCUCUCCCCCAUCCCCCUUUUAAGUACAAGUUAUUUGCAGAAUGGCAGCAUGCCAGCACCAUACUUCCACUUUUACAGUUUAAUAUUCAGGCUGUGAUUACUGUGCUAAACCUUCACUUGGUUCCACAAAAACAGCAUCAACAGGAAGCAUGUAGGAGUAGCUAUUUCACAAAGAAGCAACUUCAAUUCGGCAACUUGCCAUAGUACCAUAGCACAUCAGUAGUUAAAAAAGAAAAAAGGGAACAUUUCUGGUAUGAAAAGUUUAAUGAUAUGUGCCAAAAGUUAUGGAUCAUGCACAGAUUGCUACUUAUGCCAUGUGACCAUCUCAUCAGUUUUAAAAGUACAAAUCAACUUUAAUGUGGGAGCACUUGUGACUAAUGCAACACCAUUAAGAGGACAAAUCCUCAGUAACAAUGACAUCAGUAAAAACAGCACGUAUCCUCAGGGGCUAAGGUCCCAAUCCCAGGAGGCAUAAGCCUUUCACCAAAUUAGUCAACAGAAUAGUCAGGGUUGGUGGUGCAGCACAGUCCAAACAAACCAAGGUCAAGCACAGGGAAUUGGUCUAGGAAACAGUCCAAGAUCAGUAUCAUAAGUUCAUUAAGCCGUGGGAACUAGACUUAGAAACAAGGUUGUGUUGUUUCCAGCAAAUGAAAGACUUGGGAAGGAGACAUUAUGUACUCUGGCCCCCUGGACCACAGCCUGACCACAGUUGAUGUUAGUUGCAUACUCAUGUGUAUACCCCUUACUCAUCAGUAGACCACUGACUUUGGGUCCAUAGAUGCAUACUGUAAUGUUCUCUUUAGCCUUGACCCAAAUAUUUUAGCACCAGUGUUCUUGAGAACUGGUGGGUGGUGCUACCUCCUCCUCUGAUAGCUCCAGGGGUUCUCCAGCAGGUCCCAACCUGGAGGACCCCUCAAGAAGAUACUCGGCAUUGGUUUCACAGGACCCUGCUAGCUCCUCAAAGUUCUUGACCUGUGGGGUGUCUGGUUGAUCCUUCAAGGACCUCAUGUCUGGUACCAGGUCAGGGCUAGAUAUAACAGUAUGUGAUGGAAUCCCACCAGCAAAUAGCUAAUCUGGAAGUGCCAAAAGUCUAUGAGUCUGUCCCAGGGUAUGGUGGAACAGGGUUGACCUCUUCCUGCCAAUUAUUUCACAUUUUUGGCUUUUUGCUGUAUGCCUUUCUAUUUCCAACCCCAUUGUUUUUGUGGGCUACUAGCAAGAUGUAAUAACUUGACCUAGGAUUUGCUUUCCUUGUCUCCAAUGUGUUGUCUGCACAAAGAGAAUUAUGAUUUUAACAACACCUACUGGAAGAAAAAUCAAUAUACCGGUAGAUAAAAAGCAGCAGCAAAUGAGUCAGAGCCAACAGUUUCACCAUAUGUGGCAAUUAGGAAGGAGUUAAAAGUUGGCAAGUUAGGGAAAAAUUUGUAAGGAUGGUUCAUAUUCCAAUAAAUAUAGAAAAGUGUCUUCAAUGAAUUUUCAAAGUGACUGUUGACAUGGAAACAGCAUAUUGCUAAUAAAAAUCCAGAAAUUUUAUAUUGCAUUUACAGCAAAGGAUUAAGUUUUCAUCCUAGAGUGCAACUGAUGUGGAUUAUCCAGCACCCCCAUAAAUGCAAAGGUCUCCCAUUUAAGGAGCAGAAUCAAGGUGCAAAUUGAGGAAAAGCUGUCAUUGAGAGCAACAGUUAAGAAACAGUUCCUGGGGAGAAGACUGAGCUGAACUCUUUUUUAGUGGUUGCCAAGUUUGUAACAACUGGUUUGGAAGGCAUUUUAAUCCAGUUCUUACGUGGUAGUGGGCUGGAAUUUUAUUUUAUUUCAUUUAUUAAAUUUGUAUACUGCCCUUCAUCCAUGGCUCUCAGGGCGAACAUAAAAAUAUGAGAUUAAAAACAAAACAAAAUACAUAACAAAAACAAAGACAAUCCAUUAAUGCCCUCCCCCCACUUGCAUAGUGAUGGGAAAUUGUGGAGGAGGGCUCUGCAGAACUUGGAUUCCAAAAUGGACUCACCCGAUCUGACUAAAGUGUAUCCAGAUUGGAUCACAAGUCCACUUUAGAAGAGCGGUGGAACAUCAAGCCCUGUUGAUCCCAGGGCAAUGUUCUGUUCUGUUGAAUGAGCACAGCAGCAAUAAGAUUGACCGUGCUAGCUACUCCAGGCCCUGAGCAACUGGGAGACUUCUUCUGGGAGCCCUGAUAAGAAGGAUCAGUUGCAGUAUGCAUACAUGUUCACCUAUAUGGUCUUAACCGUCCAGGGGUCCUUUAUCUUACCUUUUACUUUAUAUUGUGCACAAAUUACUUUUUGUUGUAUCAUUUCAUAGCUAUACAAGUUACAAAUUUCAAAAAAGAGGAACUUCUUCAUUAAUAGUUGCUUCAAGCAUUCAUUCUUUUAUCCAUUACAACUGUCUUAUUAUACUUAAACUAUGCAAAACAGUUCAUACUGUACUUUCAUAUUUGAAUACAUAAGUAAAUAAACUCAAAUUUUCCUCAAUGUAAUAUAUCAAUAUUGCUUUUGUUGUUUUGUUUGCCAUCUUUUUCCAGGAUUGUGGUCAACUUUUUCAUUAUUAGUUUAUUUGAUUGCUGAACUUUUUGUUAUUUCAUGCAAUUUUAUUGUUCAUGGCUUAGAAAGAAAAAAUAGUGAGAGAUAUAAAAUGCAUAAAAUAAGCACAAACGCUGCCUGCCUACCCCUCUCUAUUUUUAACUUUUUUUUUUCCUUUUUAGAAGGCUGGCUGCAUUGUGGUCUUGGAAAUGCCUUGCCCAUGCCAAGCUGGUUCUCAAUUUUUGAGGGAGCUCUUUGCAGCUUGCAGACUUUACCCAAAGGAACUGGGAAAACACAUAGCCAAAGGUGCAUAAGAAAUAGCCACUUGCCAUCCACAUCUUUCUAGAGCAGGCAUGCAUCUGUGCAACUUGAGCAGAGUCUAAAUGGCCAUCCCACUGCUAACAGCGGUGAAAUUAAUGCUGACUUGCCGGAAAUGUGGAUCAAUGUUCUUUUUAUUCAACAAAAGCCUAAAGAGAAAAUAAUGCUGUGUAGGAGAUAUAAUAUUUAAUUACCAGAGAAAUGGAUUCAGCAAAGCAGGAGAUACUUGUAAAUAGCUAACCUCAAGGACUGCAUUAGCACAUUCUUUAUCAUUUGCCAGAAGCCUAUGCAUGGCUGAGUUACUCAGAAUUUGACACUAAGCCAAGCUAAAAAUGUGAUUAGAGGUGGAAGUUAUUUAACAAAAUAUUAAUACAAUGGUACCUCAGGUUAAGAACUUAAUUCGUUCUGGAGAUCUGUUCUUAACCUGCAACUGUUCUUAAUCUGAGGUACCACUUUAGCUAAUGGGCCUCCUGCUGCCGCUGCUCCGCCGCUGCGAGAUUUCUGUUCUCAUCCUGAAGCAAAGUUCUUAACCCGAGGUACUAUUUCUGGGUUAGCGAAGUCUGUAACCUGAAGCGUCUGUAACCUGAAGCGUCUGUAACCCGAGGUACCACUGUAGGUGCUUCUGCUCUGCUUGCCACCCUCACCUACUCCUUUACCCUCCCCCCACCCCUUCCUCCACCCUCCAGUCAGUGGCGGAGCUUCAUGCUCCGGCACCGGGGGGCAGAGAACAGGCGGGGGCAGGGCUGGUGUGCAUCCUGGGGGUGUGGCACCCAGUGCAGGUGGGGGGGCAGCCACGAUGGCACCCCACUGGGAUUGCGCUGCCGGGGGCGGUGCGCUCCCCCGCACUCCUUCCUCCGCCAGUGCCUCCAGCCACCCCCUGUCCCCCCAGAGUUUGCUCCAAGCCCUUCCUUUUCCCUCUUGAGUCACACCCCUCCCACCCUGCCCCCCAUCAAAGAAUGGGGAGGUGCUUCACAAAGCGGCUUGCUAAACUGCUGUGUGAAAUGCCUUCCCUUCCAUUAAACCCUCCUGUAGCCACAUUUAAUGGAGGGGGUAGGGCUUCACAGUACCUCCCCUCCAUUAAACAGCUCAUCUGGGCCAGCCAACUGUACCUAUAAUAAAUUAUAAUAAUAAUAAUUUUUUAUUUAUACCCUGCCCUUCCCGGUUCAAAAACCGGGCUCGGGGCAGCUAACAACAAAUUUAAACACUUAAUUGUAAAAGCAGCAUAAAAUACAGUAUAAAAACAUUAAUAACAAUAAAAUUCAAAGUUCAGAAAUCAAUUUAUGGGAAAUCCAUCUGAUAAGCAUUAGAUAAUCACCAGGGCUAAUGCCGCAGUUGGUGUGACUCCCUACUGAAUGCGAGAACUGCGGAGCAUGAUGACAAGUUGGGGUUUUUAAAAAAUAUUACAUAAGGGUUGUGUGUUAAUUUGUUCUAACCAGGGUCCUAGUUUUGCUGGAACAUCAGAAGUAGAAUCUUUAAGUAUGUAUUUCAUUAUAUACAAGCAGAAAACACUGAGGCAAGUUAACUGGUCAGCCUCAUUCACCUUCCUUUCAGUACUUGAUUCAGUACGUAAAUUAAUUUCAGCAUGAAAUGGUUUAAGAAUGAAUUGUGAUUCUUAAACCAGGCCUUUCAGAUAGACGUCCCCAGCUUAUUUUUUAAUUGGUUGUUUAUAUUUAUAAACUACAGUUCUGGACCAUGUACAAAAGGGUACACACACACACACACACACACACACACACACAUUCUCUACUCAUUCGCAUUAAUGACACAGAUAGUGCAGAUCUAAUUAGGACAGAGUUGGGUGUGGGCAUGACUCAUGAGGCAAAGCAGAACUAGCAAUGUGACUGGAAAUUAAAUGAGACCCGAAGUAAAGAGAUUCCCUGAUUGGAAACUAGAGCUAUUAAUUACAGACCUACACUCACAUCCUCUGCUUUUCCCCUCCUGACUGCCUGAUGGUUUCCAUUUAUGGAGACUUUUGGGGAGAUCACAAAAAUAUAUCAAACUAGACAACAACAAGCAGUUCUGAAGCUUUGGCCUGUUUCUUGGAUUUCCUUGGAUUACAGCCACCCUGCAUUCUGAGGUAUUCGGAAUAUCUCCAGGGCAAGUAUUCUCAUCAUAGCCACAUUAUCUGAGGCGAAUGCAUAGACUUAAACAUCUGCCCGUUCUGUACAGAGCUCCAGUUUGUUUGCCCCUACCCAGUCAUUUCUGACCACAAGCUCUAAUUUUAUACAGCUCUAAUCUCAUCAGUCUCCCUGGAAUACCAUGGAAAUGAGAGCUAGAAUUAUCAGUAUCUUGGUGACAUCAAACUCAAAAUCAGAGUACAAUAUUCCCCAGCAUCUCCAUAUACUAUUUAUUUAAUCUAAAGGCCUUAUGUUUUACUUUUCUGCCUCAAUGUCAGGUACUCCGGAUCAUUUACAACAGGAUGACACCACAAUUGUCAAUAUUCAGUAAAAGAACUGAAACAUUCAAAAAUACAAGAAAAAAAUAAUUAGUCAUAGAUAUGCAUGAGAUCCUAAUAAAUAAAGUAAUGUUUGAAGCUUUGGGAAUUUGAUCUAAUAUGGAGCUUAAAGAUUAGUCUUCUCUACUUUAUAAGAUACUAUUGAACCUACAAAUGGGCAAUGGGCAGAAUCUUGAAAGAGUUGUGGAAAGGAGAUUUAGGCCAACAAAUUGAUGAACACAAGUGGGGUUCUAUAUGAUCUAAACCAACACUGCAUACCAUUUUGGCUAAACUGUAGGAAGUCAUUAUAAGAUGCCCCUGGAUGCCCCUAUGCUUUUAAAGAAGUUAGCUACUGCAUUUUUCCGUGUAUAAGACUCUGUUGUUUUUUUCUAAAAAAUAAUGUCAAAAAUUAGGGGGCAUCUUAUACACGGAUAAUGUCUCCCCCCCAUUUUCUUAAAUCUGAGUCCCCCAAAAUAGGGGGUGUUUUAUACAUGGGGGUGUCUUAUAGACAGAAAAAUAUGGUAAUCUCUCACCCUUAUGCUGGAGAGGAUAUAAGCUUAAAGGCACAUUCCUCCACAUGUGGGGGGGAGUGUCUCUUAAAGAUUUCUGCACCCAUUUUUUUUCAUAAUCCACUGUUAUAGGGCAACAUCUUGUACCCGAUCCCAUGUUAGCCCUGCUGUCAAUGGGAAAUGAUACCAACCCAAAUUUUAAACAUAAAGAGGCAAAUAUUUGCUUCCAAUUAUAAUAAACACCCCCUCCCACCACAGAAACAUGGACCCAAUUUGUGUGUAAUAUAGCACAUAUGGAACACUUGACUCACCUUUGGAGAGUGAUAAGAGGUUGGUUUUCAAUGUAUUAUUGUUUAUUAACAGUACAGUAACCUCCCUUUGGUCUCAGUCGCAACAGCCAGUAGAUAAAUUAUCUUAAUGCUUUAGAUAGAAGUAUACUCUAAUUUACAAGAUUUUACAAAUUUGUUUCGAUGUCACGUGGAUGACUGCAUACAAGACUUAAUAUCUGUACAUGUAUCUGUCUUGGAAGACAACACUUUGUGUUUGGUAAUUUAUUUUUAAAUGUUUCAGUAAAGUUUGUAAGUUAAAAAAACCACAAUGUCCGUAAAUAAAAAGGACAUCAAGAAGAGAGGGAAUUGGAUCUCCUUGCUUUAUGGCAUUCUGAGCCUAAGUACAGUAAGAGAGGAGGUGCUAUCACAUGUUCCCACAAAUCAAGCCUUGGUUAUCAGCAAGAUAGUCAGAAGGCCUCCCCAGAUGAUCUCCAAAAUCAGCCAGGUUCAUACUGUAGAGCAGGAGUGGCUAAACAUUUUUUAGUCUGAGGGUCAUAUUGAUGGUCAGCCCACCUCCUUAAGGGCCACAUGCCAGCACUGGGAAUGGCUAAUUUUGUAUGUGUGUGAACUGUCUCUCCCACCCACACCCACAUAUAUGCAUAUUCCCCGCACAAUGCACACAGUCACCAGGCAUGAAGGCACACUCUGCCUCUCUCACAAACAUGCAUUCUCACAAAUAAACACAGGUAAAGACAAGACACACACAACCAGGGUUUCCAGCCCCCCACACUCCAGGGCAGUGAAAACAGUACUUUGUAUAAAUCAUUAUUUUUUACUUCUUUUAAAAUAGAUCUGUUUAUUUGCAAAUACAAAAAGAAAAAAGGUAGCCGAGAUAACAGCCUUUUCAGCUGACAUCAUAUUUAUUUUAAAAAACAAUUUAUUAUUUUUACUCCGCCCAUCUGGCUGGGUUUCCCCAGCCACAAUAAUAAUAUUCCAUCAAUUCUUAUUUAAAUAUACAGAUUAAUAUAAGCAAUCCAUAUGCCCAAAUAGAUAUUUAAACCAUGUGUUCAGAUAAGCACCAUCACGUCUGCUACUGUCCUGCAUCACUUUGGAGUCUCAGUUUCUUUUAUUCCAACAGCAUGAAAAGAAAAUAAACCCCUCAAGCAUAAGGUAGGGGUUUCAUAUUUGCCCAAAAAAUCUAGUUUAUUUACUUAUUUUAUUUCUGACAUUUAUAUAGUUACCCAAUAACAAUAGUAUAGAUGAUAAUUCCAUGCUGAUAAAAUUCUUAGGGGUAAGGUAAUUGCAUUCUGGGACCUACUCCAUGCUUUCUAUAGAUUUUAUAUUCUAGCACAUUGAAGCAUGUAUUAUAAAUUGGUAGGAUUUAAAUAACUACCAACUGACAUGUUUAAUUAGAAGAGAUAAUUGAGUUUCUAAAAAUACAUUAGUAUCCAGUAGAUUAAAUUAAAUUCAACCAUCCAUCAUGUUUUAAUAGUCUGAAAAGUGCCUUAAGUAUUACGCUAAUGGUUUCCUUCUGUUGGCCAUGCUUUGACUGUGUGCAAUGACUAGAGCUGCCAUUUAUUUAUUUAUUUAUUUAUUUAUUACAGUUAUUUGGCACUUCUUCACUAGAGUGUCUCAAAGUGACUUAAAAAGUAAGAAUAAAAAUAACAUGCUACUGCUACUGAUCCAACCCACCACACUAAAGCGAUUAGCACAAAAAGGUGCCACAGACAUACCAAAUUAUCCUUCAGGGCCAAAGGCCUGGGAGAAUAAAAAUGGUUUUGCCUGGCAGCUAAAAAUGCAAUGGUGUUGCCAGCUGUGCCUCUUUGGGGAGAGCAUUCCACAGUGGGGAGCCACUACUGAAAAAGGCCUGUUAUCACGUCAUUUCUCUCCCCACCUCCCUUCAGAGGGGCACCCAGAGAAGGGCCUCAGAUGAUGAAUGCAGGGUUCAUGUGGAGAGAGGCAGAAUGGAUGGAAUAGUGGAGAUGCAAUGAAAGCAGAAAAAUAUGCUUUCUCCACUGCUUUCAAUGCUACCAAAUCAACAUGAAAAUGAGCACUUUACUAGCGUUUGGUUCCAUUUGUCUGGAGUUUCCUUCCACUUGCAUUCAAGCCUUCUCUGGGCUUGCUUCAUUGCCCUAAACCAUGGGUAGGCAAACUAAGGCCGGAUCCAGCCCAAUCACCUUCUAAAUCUGGCCCGUGGACGGUCCGGGAAUCAGCAUGUUUUUACAGUGUCCUUUUAUUUAAAAUGCAUCUCUUGGUUAUUUGUGGGGCAUAGGAAUUCGUUCACCCCCCCCAAAAAAAAAUAUAUAGUCCGCCCCCCGCCCACAAGGUCUGAGGGACAGCAGACCGGCCCCCUGCUGAAAAAAGUUUGCUGACCCCUGCCCUAAACUCUGGGAGAUAUUCUCUGCCUGAAAUCCUGGAAUGUUGCUGCCCGUGUAGAAAAUGAAGUACUGAGAAAAAUGGACCAGUGGUUUGACUCACUAUAAGGCAGUUGCCCAUGUUCCUAUGAUUCCUAUGUUCCUAUGAUUAUCUUCUGAAGAGAAACUAGAGAUGUUUGGAUUUAAUUUUUACAAAUUCCGGUAUGAGCUGGCCUGAUUCGCCCCUUCCAAACUAAUAUGCAAAUCAAAUUUUUUAACUAUUGCAACAUAAUUCUUGACUUAGAAGGCAUCACAAUCCUUAUUUUUUGAUAUAAAGAAAAGACAUUUUAAAAUAUGUAUUUAAAUUCAAAUUUUCAUACUUUUCUCUUUUUUUAGUUAAUUGAUGUAAAAGUGACACAGACUGGAAAUAGAUCGUCCUGUAUAUCCUCAAGAGAAGCACUUUAAGAUAGUCACAAUAUUAGAGUUUCCUCUUGCUUUCUCAGCAUCAGCACUCCUGAACAUCAGAAAUGGUUGUCCAUCUAGUCUAAUGUUCUAUUUUCAGCUGUGGCUAGUCAUAACCUUCACGAUUCCUGUUGUGUUCACAUUAUAUCCUAAUUGUGGAUAUGCCUGUUCCAUCUCUAUGAAGUGGGGGCAGGGAUUAGGCAGGACAAAAGUCACUAACUAUGGUUUCUCUGCUGCUUCUUUAUCAGUGGCUGCUAUUGUAUGUUGCAGAGGAAAUUGCAGAUAUUUGUGCACUAAGUGCAUAUUCCAUUUAGAGUUGUUGCUGCUGUGUCUUUACUAGCAGCUAAAAAUGACAAAGAUGAAACAUUUGCUGGUUUGACGUAAAGGGGAAAUUCCACCUGCCUAAUUUCUGUGCAUUGGAUGCAGUGUCAGGGUUGAUAAAACAGUGGCAAACCUAAUACCAUUACAGAACAUUUGUUCUUAAAAGGUGCAUGUAUGCAGUUCUGGGCUAAACCUAAAUCUGCACGAAUUAAGCCACUUUGGAUUCAGUUCCAGGGCCCUAUUGAUGGACGCACACAGCAGGUUCAGAACAUUUGGUGUUCUAAGAUGAAUUGCAUAGCAACUGGGACUUUUGUGUUCUUUUAAUUUUUAUUUGAAUUUGAAAGUUGAUCUAAUGAUGGCUGAGUAGUGUUGCUAAGUCCAGUCCUUGAGAGGGAUCCAGUAAAAAUUGCACUGAAGAGAACAUUUCCUCUAGGUGGGUUUUUCCAUGGCUGUACCACUGAGAUAAGAAGAAGAAGAAAAUGCAUUAAUGUGACUGAAGGCAAUAUUUGGUCAUAAAGGGAGUCCAUUUCAGAUUGUCAUAUAGAUAAUUUUCAUUAGGCAGGCAGGCAAAACAGCUCGGUACCUGCUGAAAUUCCUUCGCCAUGGUACAAUGUACAGGUAAUGAUGUAGUAGGUGGGAGAGAUUUGACUGUUCUUUUUCUUUUGCUUUAGUUUGUUGCCCAGCCAAACUGCCAACAACUGCUUGCCUCUCGCUGGUAUGAUGAGUUCCCUGGCUGGAGGAGGCGCCACUGGGCCGUGAAGAUGUUGACUUGCGUCAUCAUUGGAUUUCUUUUCCCCGUCUUCUCUAUCUGCUACCUGAUAGCUCCCAAGAGCCCACUGGGUCUGUUCAUCAGGAAGCCAUUCAUCAAAUUUAUCUGCCAUACUGCAUCCUACUUGACUUUCUUGUUCCUUCUGCUGCUUGCCUCUCAGCACAUUGACAGGUCAGAUCUGAACAUGCAGGGACCUCCACCAACCAUCGUCGAAUGGAUGAUAUUACCGUGGGUCCUGGGUAAAUGUAUUAGUAAAGAAAAUUCAGUUGACUUGCAUAACUCUUCCAUAAUUGUCUAGCAUUGCCUAGCAUAUACAGCAGGGCAUUGUAGUUUAUUCUCUGAUUCUAUUAUAAACUAGUUCAGUAAUCUAUCCGCAACCCAUCUAGGUCAAUAACAGAAAAUUCCAUUUACGAUUAAGGAAUUUUUAAGGAAAGGAAUUUCAACUUUAAUUUCAUUUCAGAAUUAAAAUUACUUUCAAAUUAAUAUGUUGAAUGGUGGGCAGUCAGAUCCAGAUGCUUUUCUCCACUUGGACAAAUAGGCUAAACUAGCAUUUUUGCUCUAGAUUUUAAAAAUGGGAAAUGAUGUAGCUUUAAAAAAAAACAACAUAUGGGGAGAGGGGGAAUCAGAAACAAAGUUCCACCAUUCCACUAGGGAAAACACAAAAUAGAUCAUUAUGCUUCAUUGCCAGCAGUAAAUUGCAUAACAAAAGUCUGGGCUUUUUCCACCAUUUUAAUGGAAGUUCUUCAGUCUUAAUAGAAAACAAUCCAUCCAUAUAAAUAAGAAUCUUCACCCAUAACUCAUAUCUUUCCACUGAAGAGCCAAUAACUGACUGAUUUGUGGCAAAGUCUGAUUUUUUGACAUUGCAUUUUGGGCCGGUUUCUUGAGACUGUUACUGCAUGUGCUCUAAUUUAUUAGGGGCAGUCCCUGUUUUCAGGCAGCUUUCUGGGACACCUAAUUGUCCCUGUUUUGAUACAUAUCUAUGUUCCCUCUGUUUUUUUCUUAGUCAGUUGCAUUUUGUGCCUAGUGCACAUACAUAUCAGGGUACAUGCAAUGAACACUAAGGCUGCAAUCCUAACACCUGAUGUUGAUCAGUAGAAAGGUAGACUAUAGUACAUAUAGUACAAACCCCUCUUCUGGCUUUUGAUGAUGGAUAGGAGUGCCACCGAUGUGGGGCAGGGCCCCUAUCUCAGUAAGCUACCAGCAGAAGCAAGUGGAGAGCCCCAAAACAGGGCAUUUCAAGGCAAGGCACUAGAGAUUCCCCCAAGGGGGUGAUUCUCAGCCCCCUCAGCUACAUUACUCCUAGAACUGACACUGCAAAGUAUGUGAAGCCAUCAAAUAUUCCAUCGUAGCUUCCCACAAUCAUGCGUUUAUUAACAAACAAACACCCAUAAAUGAACACCAAUCAACUGAACUUAGUAUUCUCUUAACAGAACAAGCUGUCGUGCUUGCUGUUAGGAUUAUAGUCAUCUGAAAGCAACGGACAUACAUCAGCAUGGUGUAUGUGUGCAAAUUGGGCUGUGCAAUAGGAGAAGAGGAGAUGGCAUGGAAAUGGGGGUGAUUUAAGAAGAAUGAGGAAGGUAGAGGGGGAAAGCGAGUAGAGGUGAAAAUGUGGGGUGCAAAGGGGGUUGCACAAAACGAGGGAGUAGAAGGCAUGGGAAAGGGGUUAAAGAUGAAAGCAGGAACACGAAAGUGUCUGAAAUAUGUAAGGUGAUGGUGACUUCUUGGCUGGUGGAGGAUGAUAAGGAUGUUUAGUAGUUGCAAGGUAGGAGGAAGAUGCAAGGGGAGUCACAGACAUGGGGGCAAAGGUGGAAAACAGGUCCAGAUCAGGGCUGUUGGAGAAGUGGUUGCAGAAAUGGAGUUGGUAAGGUGAAAAGUGAGUUUAGCAGUUGCUUGGGGUAGGAAGCAGAAGUUCUAGUGGGUUUAUGUGAAGAAACCUGUGACUGGCGUGAGCAGGAAUGCAACCUCAAAUAUAUUAAUCAUUCCUGUCAUUAUGCUCCUGGGAUUCUUGUCAGAUCUUGAACAGUUUGACUUUAUUCUAAAAGCAGUUUCAAAAUGUUUGUUUCCCGUAAAGAGGCUACCAUUCUUCUUUGUUCACUAAACAUCUUGCGACAUUCCCCUAAAAUAAUUGCUUGUGUCACUGACCUUAGUAUUGAGACAAUAUAGGUUAAUGUUUAUUGGUUUUGCUAGAUUACCGGAGAUGAAGGGGAGAGAGAGGAUUACCAGUAGAGCAAAAGAUAGACUGUCAAACUCUGUGUUUUCGUGCAAGUGCACAUUAAUAAGGUCUUGGCAAGUUUCUCUUUAGAAAUAAAAAACAACAACUAAAAUUAGCCCCGGUUGGUUGCAGUUUUCAACAAAGUAGUUACAUGGAAGGAAGUGCUGACCUCUCUUUACUCCUGGCCUUUUUCUGAUCAGAAUCUCCUCCAAGCUGUUUACCAUCUCAUAUGUUCUUUUUCACCCACUGAUUUCAAUCAACAGAAGAGAUUUAAGCAUGCGCUUAACUUCCAAGUCCUUUUUCUGAAUACAUUUGGCAUUAUUAUUUUGGCCCUGGCUGUAAUGAUUCCAGUUCUUGCUAUUCAUGACGAUCAAAAAGACCAUUAGCAAUGUUUUGGGAAUGUGUGAAUGUGAUGGAGAAAAAGCUGGAAUUUAAGGGCUCCUCCUUGAGAACUCCUAAAUGUGCACAAAAAUAUAUAACCAAAUCCCAUGUUGUGUUCACCCUGUCAUCUUGAGUUAUGGUAUCUCUUUUGGGAAAUUAUAUAUGGCAGCAAUAUGCUGUAACUGGAUGCUGAGUUCACAUUCUACACUCUUGUGAUGGCACAGGAAGUUGCCUAUUCUUUAAAAAAAUGCAAUAGGAGAAAAGUUCUUUGCAGCAGGUCUGUGGCUGUUGUAAAAUUCUAAGGGUAUAGGAUUUGAUCCAAGUAUUUUACUCUCCUGUGCCACCCACAUCUCACCCUUGUCUGCCCUGUUUUGGCCAUUUCACCUGUAUUUUUGGAGUGGCAGAGGUAGUGUUGCCACCAAAUCCUUUAGCCCCUCAGCUAAAGGAUGUUCAGUACUGGAUUACACCCUAAAAGGUUGUUUACAUUCUCUCCCUAGAACUAUUAUUUCCCAAGGUAUAUCAGCCACACUAAAAUUUAUUAGCUGCUUGAAAUAUUUCCUGAUUUGUUCAAGCAAAGCUACCUGUAUGCAUAACAUCUGAUAAGUACCAUCCUAUUAGCUGUUCCCCAGAAUGAGUGUCUUAAAUCAGUUAUGACUGCUAUGGAAAACAAAAAGGUGGUGUUCGUUGCUGUGAAUAGUAAUAAAACAAUUAUUUCCCAAUAAUAAAUUUCACUUUAGGUGACUGAGUUUUUCAUCACAUACAGUUCCUCUGAAGUGCCAUUUAAACAGCAGGUGACCACUGGUGCUAAAUUUCAGGAAGUGUUGUUUAAAGGUCAAAAAUCAAAGUUUGAAAAGCAGUUAUAAAUUUGAACCUGAAUUCACAUCCUGCCAAGUUCAGAGUAAUUCUUCUCCCCACUGCCUUUAGGCUACAGUCAGUGGAACCAAAGUACAUGGUGAGCAGAAUAGUAACCAUUGUUGCUGCAGCUCCUGUUCUCUUCCAUGGGACUGCACUGGAAAUUUUCCCAUUGAUUAUGCCAUAUAUAUAUAUUGGAAACGUGAAUCACAAAUGAAAAAUAACAAUAUAUGUGACUAAUAGAUUGUAAUGGUUAUUACGGUUGUAGUUGAGCAUGCUUAAAAUGUCAUGUGCUUUUAUUUCAUUUUAAGCAAAUAAACACAACAGCUUAAGCAAUUCAUACAACUAACUUAUAUCACUGCUUUCUAUAUUUGCAGGGUUUAUCUGGGGUGAAAUUAAACAAAUGUGGGAUGGCGGCCUGCAGGAUUAUAUUCAUGACUGGUGGAACCUGAUGGAUUUUGUAAUGAACUCAUUGUACCUGGCAACAAUAUCUUUAAAAAUUGUUGCAUUUUCAAAGGUAAUCAAGACAUCUAUUCAUAUUGUGAAUAUACUAUAUACUUGACAUUUCCUUUGAAUGUGAUUUUAUUUUGUUUUCCCUUUCUCAGGAUCUGUUCUCUUUAUAUUGCCUUUCGUUGUUGAUUAAUAACUGCCAAUUCAGUAAUCAGUAACUUGGGGAUAAGAGAGAAUCCUGAACAAAAGUUUUGGCUCAUUGUGGAAAAUACCCAUUCUGAAUUAGAAUUUUUGGAGUGAACAAAUAGGACAAAAGCAAAAUGGAAAUUCACUGUUAAGGAAUUCAAAUGUCACAAUUUCCUGAAUAAUUUCUGUUGAUUGUGAAAUGAAAUCAGAUCAGGGAGUACCUCCCAAACAACAUACCUGAACUCUCCAAGGGAGAGCAAUCCCAGCAAGAACAGGAAAUCUACUCAUUUCCCAAACUCAAGAGCCUGCAAAGCACAUCUUGACUGGAUUCAAUUUCAGGUUAAACUUCAUAGGUAUCUGAGACCAGUAAAAUCCAGCCUGCUUGUGGAGAUGAAUUAUUUUAUGUACCAGUUCAGUUCCAUUCCUGAUGUCUCACUUGCUGGAUCAUCACCUUGUCGUGGUGAGUGGGCUUGCAUGUUCAUAUGACCCUUUGAACGAAGCUGUCGGGAGUCUCGUACUCCCAGCAGGGUCACCCAAGGCAGUAAGGUCAAAGGGAGACAAGGAAUAAUCCAAGACGUCCUCAACGACAGAACAGGCAGAAGAUAACAAGUGGUAUGUUACAAUGGCUGUGAAGGCAGAUGAAGGCUGCAGCAGAUAAGAACCUACUGGUCGUUGUGAUACUCAUGCCAUCGGAAUAAAGCCUUACUGUGAAUACUGCAACAUAAAACAAAUUCAUGCACAGGCGUCUUCCAAAAGCCCAUCCCGGACCCAAAGAAGUCCCAUGGCAAUCGGCAAAUGGUAACGGGGGCAGGACUAUGAAAUCUGGAAGCCGCUUGUCAUGAACCGGCACAUGGGCAGUGAAUACAGAUUCAGUUGUUCCGACUCAAGGAAUGAAGCAGUUGAGUAGCUCAGCAGCUGUAUCCAUGACUGAGCAGUCCUAUUUAGGAUCCACUCUGCUCACUCCAAAAAGGGGGAGGGGCUAGAAAAGGUGCCCUAAACAUAGUCUGCCACCAUUUUUCUCUGACUGGAUUACUGUGCCCAUCUAGUGGUCAUAAAAGACAAUUAACUUUGGAACAUGGAUUAUACAGAUUUUGUUGGAUAGCACAGAUAAUGAGUGUCCUGAACACAGGACUGCCAUCAUCGCAAGAGAUUUGUGAUGUUUUAACUUCGAUUUUGCAGCAUAGUGUAGGUGAUGUUUUAGAAAUUUAUUUAGAGACUGCUCUCUCUUUCCCAAUGACUGUAGAGUGUGACAUGUCAAAAUAUCUACCCAGUUCUGGCCAGUUAGCUUUUGUGAAGAAGGUGUAUAUUCUGGAAGAUACAUAUUCAGAAACAAAACACAGAGUAACUAUCUGUGGGGAAUUUCCAGGUGAGUGGUCUGGUCACAGUUAUAGGGGAAGGAGUGUUCAUCUGCUCAGAAUAUAGGGUCCCUCACAAAAUACUGUUUUUAAACGUGUUGCAAGCCACCCACAGUGGCUGGGGCAACCCAGUCAGAUGGGCAGGGUACAAAUAUAUUAUUAUUGUUAUAUUAUUAUUAUUAUUAUUAUUAUUAUUAUUAUUACAGUGGUACCUUGGUUCUCAAACUUAACCCGUUCCAGAAGUCCAUUCCAAAACCAAAGCGUUCCAAAACCAAGGUGCGCUUUUCCAUAGAAAGUAAUGCAAAAUGGAUUAAUCCAUUCCAGACUUUUAAAAACAGCCCCUAAAACAGCAAUUUUACUAUCCAAUGAGACCAUUGAUCCAUAAAAUGAAAGCAAGAAACAAUGUACUGCAGUCACACAAUCAAUCAAUCAGUAGCUGAACUGGGUUCCACAUAGUCACAAAAACAAAACAAAAAGCCACACAAAUAAAAAUGCAAAAUAAAUAGCAAAAACUGACAGACCUCAGUAUAACACUCAAAACGGAUGUGUGGCACUCGAAUUGGAAGCAUAACACUCAAAAUGGAGCCAAGUUCGGCUUCCGAAAAAAGUUUGUAAACACUUACUUCCGGGUUUGCAGUGUUUGGGUUCCAAGUUGUUUGAGUACAAGGCAUUUGAGAACUAAGGUACCACUGUAUUCUCAAAAGGAUUGUGAAGCAGCAAAUGAAAGGAGUCACAUCUAACAAUUACUCAUUGAGGGUCUGUCUUGGAAGAGUAUGGUCUUGCUGAAAUGAAAAGUGAUUGCAGAACAUAAUGGUUUUUGUAUUGUUGGGGAAAGACCUUGCUAAUUUUGCAUAACUCUAUUGUUUUCAGUACAGUGGGCUGCUCCCAAGACAGAGCUGGGAUAUGUGGCACCCAACACUGGUGGCUGAGGCACUGUUUGCUAUUGCAAACAUAUUUAGUUCUCUGCGCCUGAUCUCAUUAUUCACUGCAAAUUCUCAUCUGGGACCAUUGCAGAUCUCUCUUGGAAGAAUGUUACUGGACAUUUUAAAGUUUCUUUUCAUCUACUGUCUUGUGCUGCUAGCUUUCGCAAAUGGACUUAACCAGCUGUAUUUCUAUUAUGAAACAAAUGAUGCCAAUCGCUGUAAAGGGAUUCGGUGUGAAAAUCAAAAUAAUGCAUUUUCAACGUAAGUUAGCAUUUCCUACUUAAAUGAUUCAUAGUAUUCUUUUUGUAUUGCACAGUGCUCCAUGUUGAUUUGUUGCUAAAGAGUUGUCUAGGGCGGCAAACUGGUUUCAUUUUAAGGAAGGAAUUUAAAUGCACAACAUACAAGGCAACAAACUGAUACUUAAAGGUUUGGUCAUAACAUUGACCAAAACCUAUUGUUUGACAACAAUAAUAAUGUGAGCUAGACUACGUCAAAACUGUCUGGUGGCUAAUUCUCUGCUGGAGAGACCAAUAUGAUCAGUGGUCAGGGAUGAUGGGGGUUGUAGUUAGAAACACGUGGAGAGCACAGAGUUGGGGAAGGGUGUUUUAAAAUGUUAUGAUAGCUUGUACAGAUGAUGAAUUAGGCUUCCUUUGGGUACAAUGAGGUUGCAGAGGAAACAUAACACGUUUUCCAUUCCUAUAAUUGCUGCUGCUUAACCACUCUUCAUUUCAUUGGUGGAAAACAGAAGGGGCCAUAAGUACACUUUCUAGAACCAAAAGGGACUUCUGCAAAUUUAAGGGACUGGGAUGACUUUAUGACUGGAAGGGAUGGAAUUUACCUCUGGAAGCAUUAAUCAAAAACGAUUACCUUUCAUUUUGAUUAAUUACUGCCAAUUCAGUGAUCAGUAACUUGGGGGUAAGAGAUAUUCCUAAACAAAAGUUUCGGAAUAUGUGGUCACAGUUUUGCUGCCAGGACACUGUUGAAUGAUGCUGCGUCACACUGUGGAUGGGGGCUUCUGGAAGAAAAACGGUAGUUGCCCCAGAAAAGCAGUCUGCCCCAUAAAUUUCCUUGAUGUGAUACUAGGUCAUGACAUAGUGUGCAGCAGAUUUUCUUGGGAUGGGUGGGAAUGACAGCCACAGGAAGGGAUAUUGCUGCUGCUGCUGCUGCCACACACACACACACACACAAAAGAUGAAGGCACCCACAAGCCUAUCUGAGCCAAAAGAGUUCAAGUGAGAAAUUCCAGCUCAGUCUUACAUAGGAAUAGGCAUUGUUGGAUUCUUGUGGGGAAUAUAGCACUAUAUUAAAUGCUGUCUGGGAAAGCGUCAGAAAUGAUCAAGAGUGAUUCCCUAUGAAUAAAUGUUACAGCAUUUAGGACUUCUUAGUUUAGAGAAAAGAAGAGCAAGAGGUGACAUGAUAGAAAUUUAUGCAACUAUGCAUGGCAUGGAGAAAGUGGCUAGAGAGGGGGGAAAAUCUCCCACUGUCAUCUCACUAAAACUUAUGGAAAUCUCAUGAAGCUGAAUGCUGGAAAAUUCAGGACAGAUAAAAUAAGGUACAGUGGUACUUUGAUUUUUGAACGUAAUCUGUUUUGGAAGACCUUUUGCGUUCUGAAACGUUCAAAAUCUGAAAACUCAAUAGCCAACAGCUAGGCCUCAGGAUCUUGCACUCAGUGGAAGCCGUGUGACAUGUUAGACUUCUGAGGCAUGUUCGAAAACCGAAAUGUUCGUCAGCGGAGACAUUCGAAAACCGAGGUACCACUGUACUUCUUCAUACAACACAUAGUUAAACUAUGGAACUCGCUUCAAUGGGAGGCAGUCAUGGUCACUGAUUUAGAUGGCUUUGCUGAAGCCUGGCUACACGGUGCAAGGCAGCGGUGUGGCAGGUGGCGGUGCUGUGUGUGGCGGUCAGCUCAGUGGGAUCGUACCUUCAUCGCCAGUGAAAUAUACUUGGAGCCAAGUGUGGAUUUCAUGCUCUUUAUUCAGCUCAUGGUAGUGAGGAAUGGAAGUUCCCCCAAAAUGUCUGCUUUAUAUACAUUAGUUACACAAUGGGCCCCACAUGAUUGGUUAAUUCUGGGAUUCUCCCGUAGGCCAAUCAGGUUGUGGAUUCACUUCCACCUGGAGUUGGAUUGGGUGGCUCCUGCAGACCAAUCAGACUGCUGCAUUCUGGAUCCUAUUGUUCUAGGACCAAUCAGACUGCUGCAUUUUGGAUCCUAUUCAACUCAGUACAUAACAGCUUUAAUCGAAGAUUAGACAAAUUCCUGGAGGAGAAGGCUAUUGAUGACUACUAACCACGAUGGUUUAUGCUGUCCUCCAUGACCAGAGGCAGUAAUGCUUCUGAAUACCAGUUUCUGGAUACCACAUGAGGGAAGAGGGUCCUCAAAUCCUUCUUGUGGGCUCCCCACAGGCAUGUGGUUGAGCACUGUGAGAGCAGGAUUCUGUAGACCAGGGGUGUCCAACAGGUCGAUUGCGAUCGCAGCAACUUUGGCUCAUUCUCUCCCCUAAAAAGCCCAACAACUUUGAUGGGUAGAUCGCUGCCAGUUUUUUAAUAGUGGGAGUAGAUCCCAGUCUCUUGGAAGUUGGACACCCCUGCUGUAGACCAUUGGCCUGAUCCAGCAGGCUUUGCUUAUAUUCUUAUGAAUCAUACCUUUAAUGUUGCUUAAAAAAAAACCAGAUGUGAAAGAAAUAAUAUUCCACCUACGGUACCAAAAAUUUGACUGAGGAAAUGUAAUAGGAGAUCUAGACGUUAUGAUGAAAUGGAGCUGCCACCCAAAGUGACAGCAUUGUUUCAAGUUAUUCCUCUCUGUAACAUGCAGCAAAACUUACAUCAUGUACAGAUGCAUUCUCAUCCUGUGCGUUUUCCUGCAUGUAGGCAGCAUAAUUGGCUGCAGUAGCUGGGGAGAUACAAAGCAUGAUGAUGUAAGCACAUAUAUAAGUACUGGGGGGGGGGGACUUCAGUUGGGGGUGAUGUUUUUCAGCGGCAGCUCAGUGUUUAUUUGUAACAUCUAGUUUCACCUUAAUUGCAAUCCUGAACUGCAAGCCCCAAUUUGCAUUUCAAUACCUAAUCUAGUGCCGUGUAAAAGCCACCCAGUCCUAUAUAGCUGCACUGUUUCCACUGGUACCAACGUGCCCUUAGGAUGCUAUGCCAGGGACGAUAGAUAGCCUACCCCACCCUCCCUAUUCGCUAUUUCCCGGCUAUCCAAAAUCCCUUUAUGAUCCAUUGAGGCUUUGCAAGAGGACCAGAUUCCCCAUGUGCUAAUCAAUGCUCGAAUCCCAGUGAGCACAGCCUAGAACUGGGCUAUAACUUAAUUGCAUUUAAAUGUCUCAUUUGCUGUUUUAAGUUUAAAGGUUUUAAUUAAAGUUUGGGGUGAGGAUGUACCGUAGUAUUUAAAACAAAUGAGAUGCUUCUGUUUUCUUUAAGACUUUUCCUUUCCUUUUUUUCUUUCUUUGCAGUUUGUUUGAAACUCUCCAGUCACUGUUUUGGUCCGUGUUUGGGCUCAUCAACCUUUAUGUGACCAAUGUAGACGCGCGACAUGAAUUCACUGAGUUUGUUGGGGCCACCAUGUUUGGGACCUACAAUGUCAUCUCUCUGGUCGUCCUUCUCAACAUGUUGAUAGCUAUGAUGAACAAUUCCUAUCAGCUCAUUGCUGUCAGUUCCUUGGUUUGAUUCUUGUUCACUUUGAAAGCUGUAUCUGUCAGUUGACCAAAAUUCCAGCUGUUUGAGAACAAUAAGCCCUGUGCUUAAGUAUGCUUACAAAAUUAGGUUCCCUGGAAUGUGCUCUAGCCUCCAAAGAAGCAGAAAUCAGCUACCUGAGCAUUCCAGCAGGAAUAAUUUUUCACCAGGUGCAAAAUUAAAUAAGCCUGGCUUUGCAUACCAUUUGGUAUUCAGCCCCCAGCAUCUCAUAAUUUAAUCAGUAUUCAGCAUUGGGGGACAUAUAAAGAACCUACUUUUCUAAGCAAGAAAGCUGAGAUUUCUAGUUUUGCCAAAGUAUGCCAAAGUGUUACUGACUUUCUGUUCCUAGCCACCCAUCUUAUUAGACCUAUAUUCUCUUAUAUACAUUUGAUUCUUUUCCAGAUACUUCUCAGUUUCAUCAGCUUACAUUCAUACUUUUAUUUUUCCUUGUACUGAGAAGACCAAAUCUGUCUGGGUCUCUCUAUCUUCUUCCCAUUAUUCUCAUUUCUGUUUUCCUUCGUUUGUUCUUUCCUUUUCCCCUACAUUCUUCCCCAUACCAUUCAGUUUGCUUUACUUAUCGUACAUUGAACACACCUACUUUUGUCCUACUUCUUUCUUUACUUUUAACUGCUGUGUCUUUGUUUAUUUAUUAUUUCCCAUCCUCCUCUUCAGCAGAAAAGGCUCCUCAAAUAGCUUUACAGAUCAGGUUUUGAAAAAGAUAUUCUCUGCCUUCAAGAUCUAUAUCUAUUUCCCCCUUUCCUAGAACCAAAGUAAAAGUUAUGUGGAAAAUCCAUGAUUUGAUCUCCCCACAUAAUUGUGCUUCCCCUAAAAAAGCUACAGGGGAUUCUAAUUUGGUAUAGAGUAACAACUUGAGGAGGUUCCUUUCCCAUUGUAACACAGCCGUGAUCCAAAUUGGGUCCAAUUUCUAGAAUAGAAAUAACUCAAACUUUUGCUUCAAAAGCUAAUGAGACAACAUAAAAACCAUUAUCUGUAACAUACCUGAUGGACUAAAAAGAUUUUCAGCACCUGUGUAAAAACAGAUAGUGAGAAUUCCAGAUCUCUCCAAUAAGAAAUGAAAAUAUGUUUCCAUAUUUCCUGUGUUCAGGAUCAUGCAGACAUUGAAUGGAAAUUUGCUCGAACAAAACUUUGGAUGAGUUACUUUGAAGAAGGAGGGACUCUGCCUACUCCGUUUAAUGUCAUACCAAGUCCCAAAUCUCUCUGGUACCUGAUCAGAUGGCUGUGGAGACAAGUGUUCAGGAAAAAAAUCAGAAAGAAACCUGAAAGUUUUGGAACAAUUGGGGUAAGCAAUAAUUGCCGUUUUCCUCACCACCUGCCUUUCUUUAUGUUUAGGUGUUAUCAUAGGUAUUAGACACCAGCAUGUUGGGCAAAAGCCAGCCUGGGCACUACUAUUUUCCAUCUAUCUUAUACUACUUUUGGGAGACAAGCACAAAAUGAAAAUAUCCACCCCUUCCCUUUUCUGGUUAAGGGAAACCAGAACUGAUCGGUGUUGCCUAUUACCACCAAAAUAAUGAGUCAGGUGUUACGAAUUUGGAAAGACAUACCGUAACUUUGACAUCUUAAAAUAACUUUCCCCCAAGCAAUUCCCAAUGGUUUUAAUUACCAAAAAGCUAUGGAUGAGAACUCCCGACUUACUAUCAUGUAAAAAGACUGCUGAAUUAGUAAUGUUUGUGCAUGUGUAUCAUAUUAAUACACACAUCAGGGAGUCAGGAUUGGACAUUCAAUAGUCAGCCCUAGUUAAUUGCCAUAUAAAGUGUGGAAUUGCGCACACGCACACACCUGUGCACAGACACACACACACGAGCAUGGCUGUAGUCAUGCGUCUCCCAAGUCACUAUUUUGCCACUUUCUUUUCCUCAUUACAAAGGAUAUUUUUCCUAAAUGUAUAUGUUAGUGUACUGUAAGAUGAGCAGUUAAUAUGCAUAAAAACUGGCCAUUGUGAUUCACUAGACCUCCUGAAGAAUCUGCCCAUGAAGAGGGAAUUGUGCACCUUUCCUGGUCAAUAAAUGAAACCCCCCACCCCCACCCCCACACCAACAGGCCUUUGGGAAAAUGGACUAAAUUUCUCCAACUGCAUUUUGUGCACUCUGGCCAUUCUGCACAAUCCUUAACAGAAUAAAUAAAUAUUUAUCUGCAGACCUACCCCCUUUUUCCAAUGCUUGACUGAUCACAGGGAAGGCAUGUUGUAAUCCAUGUAAGAUUAGACACUGGGCCAGAAGCAGAAGGCAGGGGGGCACAGAUUUCACACUUCUGAACAAGAGAUAGAUUAAAAAAGACAAGAGCAUGUUCCUUGGAGGCUAUGAAUUACUGACUGGAGAAUGUACAAAAUGCAAUUGAUACAUGCAUGCUGGUUUAUGUAUAUUGACCAGGAAAUGAACACAAUUCCUUCUUCAUGGGCAGAUUAUAUGCACAUUCUCCAUAAGGUCUUAUGUCACCCCUAACACACACACACACACACACACACACACACACACACACAAUUUUCAGUCAAAGUUUCUCUUUAUUGACUGCCUCAUAUCUGCUCUGCCUACACUGUCCAAUUUCCAUGAGCCAGGGCUUGAUCCAAGAAGUACAGUGGUACCUCGGGUUACAUACGCUUCAGGUUACAUAUGCUUCAGGUUACAGACUCCGCUAACCCAGAAAUAGUGCUUCAGGUUAAGAACUUUGCUUCAGGAUGAGAACAGAAAUUGUACUCCAGCGGCGCGGCAGCAGCAGGAGGCCCCAUUAGCUAAAGUGGUGCUUCAGGUUAAGAACAGUUUCAGGUUCAGUACGGACCUCCGGAACGAAUUAAGUACUUAACCCGAGGUACCACUGUAGUCUGAAUGUGGCCUCUGUUUUCAAAAUCCUAAUGCCUUUCCUGGACACUGAAGUUGAUCCAUGUUCACUUCUACUCAUCAUUUUGCAGCUGUCUUAAGCAAUCAAUCUUCUCCUUCUUCUCCUCUUCUUUGACCAUCACUCCUAGCCAAGUAUUACUCUCCUUGAAAUAAAAGGUUUAAUUUGGGAGCUCUUGUGAAUGGGUCUUUCCUGUAAAAGUGACAUGGACUUCACAUUAAGAUGUAACACUAUUCAUAUUCUUCCUUGGGUAUUAUCUUUUUGACAAAAGGUUUGCAUCAAAUUAAGCCCAAUUUUGAGGCAGUCCUUUUGUGGAUGAUUUUGGCCACGGUGGACAUUUCUGCUAUUCAGACAUAAUUGCUUUUCAAAUAUCAUUCCAGCUAAUUUAUGUUCUUUAUUUUCAGAGGCGUGCAGCUGAUAAUUUGAGAAGGCAUAAUCAGUAUCAGGUAACCAAUCUUGUCUUUUACUUUUUUUACUGGAAGGAAUUGAGCAUUUUCCUCAGGAUGUCACUCAGGAUAGGACACCGAUUUAGUUUCCAACACAGAUAUUGCCGUUCCGUUGUUGGAUACAAUUAUUUGAGCUUAUCUUCUGCCCAAAGCUGUCCAGGAAUAAAUGCUUCCAGUUGCAGGUGCAAACGUUAGUGCCUGGGGAAUUUGCAAAUGAAUAUACAGUGGUACCUUGGUACUCAAACGGCUUGGCUCCUGAACGCCGCAAACCCAGAAGUUAGUGUUCUGGUUUGCGAACGCUUUUUGGGAGCCAAACAUCCGACGCAGCUUCCAAUUGAGUGCAGGAAGCUCCUGCAGCCAAUCGGAAGCUGCAUCCUGGUUUUCGAACCGUUUCAGGAAUCGAACGGACUCCCGGAACGGAUUAAGUUUGAGAACCAAGGUACCACUGUAUAUGCAGGUGCACAUCUCAUUGAAAGCCAGGAAGGCGUCCCCACUUGCUUGAAUAUCUGGUUGUACAGCCAGGUGAUCAUCUCAUUGAAUGUAAUGGACAGCAUCCACCUUUGGGCUAAUGCAAGCUACUUUCAAAUGUAUUUACUUCAAUUGCUUUCUCCCAACUGUUAACACAUGUAAAGUGUGAAGAUCAACUGUGUCUAUGUAACAUUGCCUCCCUUAUGCAUCUCAAUGACUGGCACUUGUCAGAUCACAAGUAAAUUGGAGUGAGCAGUGCCAUUCACUGUGAAAAUUAAUGACAUUUUUGCCGAUGUCUCAACUUGUGCUAGAGUAAGUCAGGGGCCAAAGCUAAGGGCUAUUGUGGCCCUUCAGCUCAGUUCAAAACAUGGCACCUGCACAAAUUUAAUUUUUCUAUAAACAAGGGUCAAAAUGAAGACAGGUUCCUCUGGAUCCUUACAACUCCUGUGUGGCAGAAUCUGUUUCCCAGAAAAGUGACCAGCUGGCAAUUACUCUACAUAUAAUGUUUUUUAGUCCUUUUUUUUGUAAUGGCAUAAUUUAAAGCAAAAGGUGAUGAAAUUUCUGAUACAUCAAAUGUCAAGCAGGACAGUUAGAAGUGCUGUCAAAAUUGGACUGUUCUUAUCUUUCAGGAGGUCAUGAGAAAUCUGGUUAAGAGAUACGUGGCUGCAAUGAUAAGAGAUGCUAAAACUGAAGAGGGGUUGACCGAAGAGAAUUUUAAGGUGACUGCUCUUACGUUGGACUCCUUAAUAACAAUGAAUCAAAACAUUAAAGAGCUUCACGUGGUGGUGGGGGGGAAUAAUCUAAGAUAUUUGCCGCUGAAAGUUGAGUGCAUUUACACACAAAAACAUACAUGAAAUACAUUGUAAUGCAACAAUUUUCACAUACAGUGUCUAAUAUCAAAUAUGAAACAUUAAAAAUAGAAACACAGUCUGUAGGGUUUACUGGAUGUAGAAAUGAACCAAGACCUAGAAGCACAGCCAACCCAUGAAAUCUGGAUGCCUUGUGAGGAAAACAUGGCAGGAAUCCACACACUGUCACUUAAUGAUCUCAUAACAUAGCAGGGAAGGGUUUGUGAAAAAAUCGUAACAGCUAAACUUUAUGACGUCUCUUGUACCUUUCCAUAGGCAGACUAUUCACCUUGCGUGAAACAAUUCACUAAGUGGGGGUGUGGAGAACUUGGAAUACUAUAAAUGGCCUCAAGUAAACUUUUAUUUAUUUCCCCCUUCCCCCUCCAAAACCCACACUGCAUCCCCAAACCCAAGUUUCAAUUCUCUCUCUCUUUUUUUAAACAUAAUUUUUAUUAAAUUUUCCCAUAUUUCAUUUAAUUCAAUACACAUAUCCACAACUUAUAUUAUUUGCUCAAAGUGAGCUUAGACUUCCUUCUAUCUCUCAUUCUGACAUCCCUAUAGUCAAUUCUCAACAGCCGAAAACAUUUCUGCUACUCAUAAAUAGCAAGAUACUUAUUAAAAUAGCAAUUUAAUGAUAUUCCAGUAUUUAUCUUGUGAACUGCCCUGAGAUCUUCGGAUGAAAGGUGGCUAUUUAUUUAUUUACAAUUCCUUUCACAUUAAGCAUAGCAUUUUUCUUCUAAUGUUUUAGGAGUUAAAGCAAGAUAUUUCCAGUUUCCGCUUUGAAGUCCUGGGUUUGUUAAAAGGAAACAAGCUGUCUAAUUUACAGUCCUCGAAAGUCAGCAGAGAAGAGUCCUCUUUGCCGGAAUCUGAUGAAGGAAAUGAAAAUGGAGGAGACGAGAAAAUUAAGAAGAGAAACCUUAGCCUUUUUGACAUAACUUCAAUGAUUCACCCCAAAGCAGUGGCAAGAGCCUCUGAAGCCCACAGCCACAGCAAUGGGUCAGCCAUGAUGACGAGAGUUUCCUCCAAGGAAAAGCAGAGGAAAGUGAAUUUUGUGAGUGAUGUGAAGAAGUUUGGGUUGUUUCACAGACAAUCCAAAAGUGCUGAGCAAAGGACGAGUAUUUACUCGAUUUCUGAAGAAGUUUCCCGCCAACAAACAGAAGAAUGUGAGAAAACUCCUGAUAUGGGAGUGAAAGCAUUGGUUGUGAACUGUGAACUCAACGUUCGGGAUCUCAGCGAAAGCUGUACCGUAGGCACUCAUAAUCAGGCCAGAAAUGAGGCGCUGGACUCAAAGGUGGAUGAGAAAGUUGUUGCUGCUUCUGAAAUAAAGAAGGCUAAUUUGCCCACACCAAAGGAUUCUCCAGACAAUGAGCAGGACUUCAGUAGUAGUGACUCUGUUGUGAAACAAGAAACAAUUGCUCAGGACAAUUACCUGACGACAAGAUUGUGAUGAGCAGAGGCAGAAGCCUAUAGAAACACACUUGGCGGUGGUGAUGCUUAAAUCAGAAAAUAAAGAAUCAAAGCAUUCAGAGGCAACAUAGCUGUAACAUAGCUCAGUGAAGAAGAGGAAAUGGAGGCGCCUUCUGUUUUGUAGCCUGCUUUAGCUUUCACAGCUUCUUUUACAUUUUUUAUUAAAUGGGAGCAUCUUGUAUUCUUGUACUGUUGCAAUAACCCACAGAUACUUUUUAGCUAUCUUUUUCAAUUUGAAAUAAAUGCCAUUUCUCUCCUGUGAUAGUUAAUUGCCUAUGGUAAAUAUUUUUCUAUGCAAAUAAAUGUAGCUUAACAAAGGUGCGAGCCUUUAUGAACCUUUUUUUAGGAUUCCUAAAAAUGGACGAGAGAGAAUCAAAGGGUCAUAGCCAAUAUUACUCUAUGAUUAAUGUCGGAUAUCUACUCUGACCCAUUGAAAGCAAUGGACAACUUGAAUAGAUUGAUUUUGGUGGGUCUGCUCUGAAUAUGAUUUAGCUGGCUUUACCCAAAAUUAUUUAACUAGUUAGAAAUCUUAUUUAUAAAUAAAAUUUUAAACAGUGAAAUAAUUUAUUGAAAUUGUUAGUGCCUAUAAUUUACUAGUAAUCAUUUUGCUAUUUAUGUAAAAUAGCGUAAAUUUGUUAUUUAUGUAUACCCUAUUAGCGAUCACCAUUUCCAUACCUAAAAAAUGUUGCAGCCGAAUUUUUAAAUUUGAAAACUUCAGAUAUAACCCUGCAGCAAAAUAAAAUAUUAAGACUUCUUUAGUGGAAGAUGCCCAUGUCAAAGCAACUUUGCACAUGCAUUUUGCUGGAAAAUGGAUUAAUCCAUCCUUAGCCUCUCCAAGCCACACACAUACCCCUCAAUGGUCUGGGUUGCGGGGGGUGGGGGGGGGAGCAUAUUUUAUAAAAUGUCUCUGAAUGAUAACCUGGAAGCAGUUCUGACUCUCCACACACACUCAAGCUUGGAUUAAUCUGUGAGUCGUACUCUUGCGAGAAGUCUCUUUUCACUUCUGCAUUCAUAAUCCCAGUGUAUUUCACUAGCAACACAAGAGUGCUUCAGAAUAAUCUAACUGAUGUGCUAUCAAAUUAUGACAAUCAUUCAAAAUAUUCUAAAGACAAAUCUGAAAUGAAUUCAGUCUCUUUCCGAGAUGUUGGUGGCCUGCUUUCUGACUCUUUGCACAAUAAAUACGAUGGCUGGUAUUCAACUAAGUUUUACUUAGAGUAGACAUACUGGAAUUAAUGAACAUGACUGCGUUAGCCCCAUUAAUUUCAGUAGGUAUACUCUGACUAAAACGAAGUUGAGUACCGCCCAUUGGCUUUUAAAUGUACAAUAUUAUUAAUCUGAGAGUAUUUUCAUAAACAAGUGUUUUACUGUCAGCCAAAAUAAUUUUUGAAAUUAAACAGUCUGUUUCUUUCUCAUCAACGACUGGUGUUUUAUGUUAUAAAAAGACUAAUAUACACU